AUGGCGGAGGCUGGGCUUCGUUUUCGCGUGUGGCUGCGUGUGAGACGCAGUGCGCAUGCGCGGAGCCUUGACAGCUGCUGGAGGUGUGUGAGAGUGGGCAGAAGGAGCAGGCAGUGCAGAGUGGAGCUCAGACACAGAGAGAGAGAGAGAGAGAGGGAUUCCUGCUAGCUGAGCUCUCACCAUGGCCAAAGGAAGAACCCUAAGACUGUGAGGAGCAGGUAAGGUGAACUUUCUAUCCAGCUGGGGACACAGAGUAAACAUUCUAUGGGAGAUACAUUGUAUACAUUCCACACCAGGGAGAUAAGUUCAUUGAUCACUUACUGUGUGUCUUUAUAUCUACAGUGGAAUUAUCUGAUGAUUAGUCUUUAAUGGGAGGGGUAAUUAGAGGUAGGUUCCCAGCUGUUGUAGGUCUACAAUGUCCAUGAUGCAUUGCCCAGGUAUAGGGAGCUGUAUGUGUGUAAUAAUUGGGAAUCUGCAUAUUGAUGAGUCCUGUGUUUAGUCAUGCUCACCCCCACUAUACAUUGCAGCAGGAGGUGUCUGUAGUACAUUACAUGUCAAUGCUAUAGGAGUCAGUGCUGUCAUAUGGCACCUAUUCUGUGAAAGAAAGAAGCCUUAUUGAAUAGGACCUAACUUAUACACCUGGAGGAUUUGGAAUGAAUUCACUAAAAUGCUGGUAAAUAGGAUCUGGCAGCAGGUGGGCUAAGUGCACAUCACUUUAAUUAAAAUGAUUAGGGGUUUAUUUAUUAAACUCAGAACUGUAGUGCGUUAGAAGAUAAAUGGCAACAUAUAGGGUAGAAUAACCCGAGCUGUGACUAUAGUGUAUUUAGGGAAUUAUUACAGGUCAGUUAUGGUUUUCCUGAAUUUUAUUUGGAUUGUAAUUUACUAUUAAUUGUUUAGUAAGUAAUCCUCCUAUGUGUCGUUUUAAUACAAUCAACUCAAACUUAAAUUUUAUCACAUUUUGUAUCGUUCUAAGUAAGCAUUUUGUAAUAUUCUAUGAGACAGUUUUACUUUAAUGUAUUCAUAAGGUAGGCCAAUAUUUUAUUUAACCAAUUUCCUACAUGACAACUUCACAUCUGGUAUGGUCUCUUUAUUUUCUACGUUCACUGUGUUAAAAGUAAAUCUGAAAGUGUUGUAUUUUUAUCUAAAUGUAAACCGAUCUUCUGUAUUCCAACCAGUAUUGGCAGAUCCCCACCAUGUUUUCCUGAUCGAAUGGACUACAGUAUUUAAUUAAUCGUGUUUCCCUCCUGUAGCAUAUGAAGUAUACAUACAACAGGGCAGCACAAUUCAUGAAUUAUCAAAAUAAAGACAUAAUGUCUUGUAACAGAUGUUGCAACAGAUAAACCUCACCGUAGACUAGCAUAAUCUAUAUGUAAUACAAUCCUUCUCAUUUAAAUAAUACCUUUUAGGACUUCACUUUAAUACACACCAUAUUCUAUUAACAAAUUUGCUUAUCAAAUGUUUAAUAGUAUAAUAUAAUAUGCGGCUACUACCGUUUUAUAUAGAAUAUUAUAUACCAUGGUCAAAUCUGAUAAACUAGCCGAAGGGUUAUUGAUAAAGCAGACAGAACAAUCUAAAAUGAUCCAUGUGUGUUACAUUUUCAUCAACAUUUUGUCAACAAGACAUUAAAAAUUCCCAAUGUAUGUAAUAUCGUGCCAUUAUAUAAUGGAAUUCGGGGAUGCAGCAAGCAUGGUGUUUUGUGUACACCCCCCUGCCUAAAUUUGCUUUCCCAUUCUGUUCUACCCUGGGGAUGAGCUGUACACUGCAUUUAAAGGGUUCAUAAUCCCAGCUGCGUGCAGUGUAAGGUCUAUUAAGGUUAUAAAACCCUAUGCCAUCUUGUAUGUUUCUAUUAUAAUUAUAAGGCUGGGUUUUCCAGUUUUGCCAUACAAAUCACUUGAUUAUACUGCUGGUUAUCACGUGAAAAGUGCUUCCCCUAAAAUAUGUAAAAUGUAUAUGGCACAGGAAGAAAACCAAUUAAUCAUGGAGUGAGCCCAGAGACACACCGAUUUUUAAUUGAUUUACCUCUCAGUAUGCAAAUAUUAAUAUACAGAGGGGAAGUACUUUUCAUUCACUCACCAACAGCAUGAUGAAGUAAUGUAUCUCCGGGAAACCCGAUUGGACGUUUGCUGUAUAGUAUAAGUAGGUAGAAUUAUUGCUUUUGCAGAUGUUUAAUGUGCAACCUGCAAUUUUAGCCCUUAGCAGAAUGCAUAUGUGUCACCGUGACACUCUGAUAACUGGUUGUAUGUCUUUAAAGAGGGCAAAUAAUAUCCUUCUUUGCAGCUGGGAUGACUAUUAAGACUCACAUGCUUCUAAUCACUAGUCUGGGAAUUGGUAGUCACAUAAUGGUUAACCACUUGUUUGCCAGAUUGUGGGACUUGUUUCUAAUGUGACCCAUAAUUUUAUUUAUUUGGUGUAACUUUUUAUCCAAUGUUCUAACUACAGAGUUAACGUUGCACUUUGCGUAAUCACUUUUGUAACUGUUACAGUGACAUAGUUGUGACAAAUGUAUUGCAUUGCUCCUUCCUUUAAAGGGUUAAUUGUCAUUUCAUAGUAGCCCACUGCUUUUCAAUAGAAUGGCUCUUGGCCUCAAAAGGGUAAAUUACAUUCAGGUAUGUAGAGAGUACCUGUUUGGGUGCUUUAACCAACCCCUCCUCUUCAUUCAAAUCAAUAGUUUUAUAUCGAUGAACACGGCACAAAUAAUUUUUUACUUCUUUCUUAUUGGUUGUGAAAAAAAUUAAUAAAUUAUUAUAUCAUUUUUAUUUUAAUCCAACAGUCUUUAUAAUUGGGGUGGGUGAGCUUGCUUUUUGUGUGUGUGUGUGUGUGUGUAAUGAAAUAAAUAUCAGUGAUUGGAAUGGCAAAAACCUAAGAACUGUGAAACACACCCACUCCCCUGGAUUGUGUAGUUUAACCCUUAACAUGUCAACUUCCUCCUAUGAAAAUUCCCGCACACUGCGUGUGUGCAACGAGGCGUGAGCUAACCUGACCUAUUUCUGUUAGUGUGCAUUUCCUUACAAACAGAUAACAUUUUUUUUUUCCUAUUUAGAAGAGAUUGUCUGUCUUGUAGAAAAGGAUUAGGACCGAUCGCUGUGGAAUAGAUGCUGUCAAGCUUAUCCUAAUGUCCUUUUGAGAAUGUAUGUGCAAAUCCCCAUUUUUAAUGUUUUUUUAAUCUGAAUUGUCUGAGGGGGUUUGGAACAUUUUACAAGUAAUGACCGUUACUCUCAAUUUGUAUUUUUUUUUUUUUUUUUCUCCACCAAAGUAAGAGAUUUGUUUCUUGUUAAUUUCAUUUAACGAGGUAUUUGGGUAAGCCAGCCAAAUUCUAUGACUUUUAACCAUAUUCUUAAAAUGAAGCCAGCCAUCUGCGCAGUCGCUAAUUACCGCUGUCAGAGCAUGAUGGGAGUUAUACUGGAACAAUGACUAAAAAGAUAUGUUGUCCUCGCAUACAUUGCAUGGCGCACCUAUCUGCUUAGUCAUAAAUAGGGCUUUAUUCAUUAAAUGUUGAAUUUUAUUUAUAAUUUUUUUUUACAAACUGGCCAUUUUUGCAAAUGUUUCCAGAUGAGAGUUAGAGUAUGUUAAUUAAAGUGAAACUGCAUACUGCCUGCCAAGCAGGAUAUAUUUUGUAAGCUCCAGAACAGGACAUGGAGUCAUUCUCAGAUAACAAUGCAGAGUUCUGCUUCCUCAAUGUAACCCAGCCAAUUUACUGAACUAGGGAGGUGCCCAAAAUCCACGUAACUCAGAGCUAUAGUAGCUUCUUAAUAGUGUGCUUUGGAGUUCUAUGGACUCUAGUCUGACUUACCUCACCUGAAACAUCUCAUUAAACAAGAAUUCCGCCAUUAAAGCGGCUCCGUCAUGGGGUUUGGGGGUAUUUUUGUUUGUGAUUUGUUUUACAUCUAUUUUUUUUUUAUUUCCUUAUGCCCAUUGUGUCUGAUUUUACUGCCCUUUUUGUCACUUUUUUUUUUUUUAUAAAUAUCUUGUCUACCGGGCUCCAAAUCUCAAUAUCUGCACACUCCUAUCUUGGUCUCCUCGGUCUGUGAUGUCUGCAGAGCGCCUUCUGUGGGAUUCUAUUGACUGGUGGAUUGUGGGUAGAUUAAUUUAGAAACUGAAAUGGAACUUUGUUUAAACGCCGCCCAUUGCCAUAAUUUGCCAAAGUUCAUGCUCCCGAUAUGAAAAGUAGUCCCUAUUUUUUCUAAUGUAUAAGGGGGGGGGGAAAAAACAAAAAAAAAAGAGGAAAAAAAAAAGAGAAAAAGGAUUAAUUUUAAGAGCAAUACCUGCAAAUUGACAGCGCUGCUUUAAAUGAACCAUGUACCGAUUAUAGACAUUCUAUACCGGGCCCUGCGAGUAAUAAUGCAUACAGCAGAACGAACACAAAAUGUGUUGUUUUUUUCUAUAAUAUAAAAAUAAGGUCGUGCUUCUGGGCAUCUCAUACAAAUUGAUCCCUUUUACUCUUCCUGUGCAAUGACAUUGUGUCUAUAACCCGUGUAUCAAUAGUCCCAUUGGCUUUUCUAAUGUAGAAUACUGUUUGCACCCACAUUGUGGGCUCUUUUGGAGAGGGAUUGCAAACUGACCUCUGGAAAUGUGAAGAAUCUAUUAAAUGGUGCAUAAUAAGAUGACACCUGAGGAUCACAGAUUUGCAUAAAGUGCCUUGAUUGUGCCUUUUCUGAAGAAUAUUAUAUCAGAGUAGUUUUGCGUACUUACUAUCAGGUGAGAAUUCAGAGUGAAUUUUAAAUUUAUGUCCAUUGUAGCCAAUUUGGUGUCACAGCUGAAUAUUUCCAUUCCAGUUAUUUCUACCUUGAAUUUGAAUUCCCACUAUAGUGAAUGAGCCUGUGCAUUUGGUAAACGGAACCUUAUAUUAAUAUUUGAAGCACGUUAUUGCUGCAUUGAUUUGCUGGAAUCCAAAAAUAUUCUUAUAUUGAACGUGACAUUUCCUUUCUAAAAUGAAAUAUUUAUAGUAACUUAUUUUGGUUGAAGCAAAAGUUAGACAGCUGUUUGUCUGUGCAGUGUAUCUGCAGAUAUUUACCUUAUUACACGGAUUGUAUCUUCCUGUCUGGUCAUCCUGGAGACGUCUGGUCAACCGGUUGCUGGCUAUAUUCUGCCACCAUGCAGUCCCUCUAUACUGCUCCCACAUUGUGAGGGCCUUAUUUUGGAUGAAAUUGUCACUGGGAACUAAGAGUAUCUCACAUUUCUGGAAAUGACACCAUUAAAUAAGACACUAAAAAUCACCUGUACUUUGUGUUCACUUAUUUUUCAUGUAGUUUAUCACAAUCCUGUUCAGUCCUGGCACAGCCCAGGCACACUAUGCAAAUGAGGAGAACCUUUAACGGAAAAUGUAAAUAUUAAUAACGACUAACAGGAAGCUAAGAUUGACGUGCCCCAGUUGCAGGAAGAAGAAAUGUGAAUUUCACCCCUAGUGGCCAGUGUAUGUAGUCACACCAUUUGCUAAUGGUUUUACAACCUGCCUGAGGUUCGCUGGGUGCCAGUUACCUCCACCAUGAGAGCUGGGCGCAGUGCAGGGUUUAUGUCAUUGGCUGAGAGCAAUCAGCUGAUAGUCUCCACCAAUGAGCUAGUUUUGCACAGCAGGAUUUUGCUCAUGAGAGCUAAUGGAAUGAUGGAAGUGACCAGCAGACCCAGGCAAUUUGUCAGACCGUUGGUAAAUGGUUUCAGUAUCUACAUUGGGCAGGGUGCCAGGGCACUCCCAUAACUAGUACAGCACACUACAGUGGUUAUGGUGCCUGGAGUGUUGCUUUUAAAUUGCAAGCAAAACAGAAUUCUGUCAGUAUGGAAUUGACAUGUCUGGGGGCUGCUAGGUACUCCUGUAGGCUUUGUACUAAAGCAUGUAAGUUUCCUGUACUGCUAUACACUAGCAUACAUCUUAAGAAGCAUCUGGUAUUGUAUCCCCUGUCUAUAUGUGUUCUUUUUACUAAAGGAAAAAAUGUAUUGAGUAGAAAAAUAAUUACAAUAAAAAAAAAAAAAACCUUUCCACUCUGCUGUGAGUAGAAAGUGUGUGGAUUGUAUCUCUGAGAUGAAUAUAUAAAUAAUAAAGUAUUUCUGACCACGGCAAACCUCAUCAUAAGACAUGGUGGAAUACGUUACACUCCACUGGUCCCAAAUGAAGCAAGUUAGUUCCUAUAAGGAUGACAAGUACGGAGCCCAUUCUGUCUGUCUCUUCUCUCACUGUACUCGUGGGUGAGCAUAUGAAGCUUUCUAGAGCAGGCAGAGCGCUUGACAAUUUGUCUUCUGCGACUGAGAGCGAAGCGAUUCUCAUUAUCCAAAUUCUAGGCUGAAAUAGUUCAUCUGAAAACGCUACUUUGGCCUAAAUUUUGAAAUUCACUUCGGGUUCUAACCCUUCAAACUUUAAUGUCUAACCCUGGCAGCGUCCCAUUCCCUGAAUUACGCAUAGAGGUCCAAGGACAGGGGCCGUAAGUUGGCACAUUGCCCACUAGCGAGCAGUGCCUUACAGGGACCUCAUACUGUCCCCUUAUCUCCCAUUACACUAUAGUUGUUUGUAAGAGCCAUUCUUAUUAUCCCGGCUGUGAACGAGAGUAAUCAAUGUGGAAGUCAUUAUCUUGUUCUAUUGAUUGCUCCAAAAUUUAGCCAAUUGUCCCAGAAUCAGGCUUUGCCUGUGUAAAUUAAAUGCUUCAUUGUAACUAGCUCUUAGGACGAUUAAAUAGUGAAAAAGCAUUAAUGUGUGUAAUAGUUUGUGUGUCUGAAGGAAGUAGAUUUCAUGGGCAUUUUCUGCUGUUCUGGACAGGAAAGUGUGGUAAGACGCGUCAGGAAGUGAAUUUAUAUUAAUGUCUCUUAUCUCGGGUGUGAGAAUAUUCAUAUUACAGAAUUGUGUUGCCAAGUUGUUUCUCAAACACGUUCGUGAUAAACUCCAAAAACAAAAAGUGAACGAGGAAGUGGAUACCUGAGGCGAUGAUCGAAAUUCUUUGGAAUCAUAAAAUGAAUUUCUAUAAUGUAAGUCUGGUGUUUAUUUCAUAUUCACGGGUGGUAACGCAAACUGGGCCUUGAUAGACUUUUACUGUAUUAAAUAUCGGGUGAAUCACUUCAGGCUUUGCAAACCUCCGAUCCAAUCCGGACUUUCCAGCGUCCUUAAAGCAAAAAGUAUUUUUUUAAAUUUUUUUAUUAUUGUUUAAAAUAGAAGAUUAUAUGUAUUGGCCUCAGCUAGUAGUAUGUUGUAAUACAUCAAUAUAAGUAAAUGUCUGUCUUCUGCUUGUCUCCUUGUUUGCCAUAAACUAUUUAGUCACACCGUUUUUCUGACCAAAAGUCAUGCAGGUAAUCCGGUUAUAUAUUUUUUAUUUUAUUUUUUUAGUGCAUUUACAAAUCCUGACAUUAUUGUGCUCAGCCUGAAAUAUCAAUGCACUCUGGGACCAUUACACGCCUUUAAAUUGUGUAUAAUCUUUGUAGAUAAGGAGUGCUUCUCACCAAAGAGGCUUAAAUAUGGCCUCUCCCACAGACUGAGCCAGGAGAUACACUGAAAAGAGUUAUUUAGAAACCUAUUUUAAUUAGACAAUAAUACACAACAUGACUGUAAUACAUGUAAUCGUCGUUUAAUAAUAACGCAUUAUGACCGUUCUCCAGACUGCGUCUUACUUGCUGACAUUCACCUCUAGUUCGGUCGUAGUGACUUUCCAUCUUGUUUAUAGAUGUCCCUCUUGGUAACACUAUGAAUUAUCCAGAUUCCAGCUAGAAAAUGUUCUAUGGAGUUAGUUUUACCCGCUCCACAUUUCCCAGAAUGUUGGACAUGCAUGGUGGGACCUGCUCUUUAACAGAAUGUAUGUGAAUACGGCAUUUAAAUACGCUCUGUGCACAGUCAGUGAGUUGGCCCAGUCCAUAUUUAAUUUUAUUUUUUUGUCUGUCUAGAUCUGAGACUGUAAAAUGUAUUCACUGAACGGUAUUUGAUAUUUAUUCUAAUUUGGAGGUUGGUUGUCUUUUGUUUUGUCCUAAAAUGUGUAAUCCGUUCCCCACGGUUUACUGAGUAAAUACCACUGUACCUAGCUCCUGCUUGAACACAGGUGAGAGGAUCAGGCACUCUGUCGGUUUGCUGCUACUGGCUGGCUCCAUUUCCAUUUGAGAGCCGUUCUGAUCUGCUCAGGAAGUGAAGCCCUGAGGGGAGUCCUCCCUCUGCAGCUCAGCCUAAUUCUUCUGACAAAUCUGGUCUGACAACAACUGACAGGUUACUAAAUGUGACUGUGCAGAAUUUGGGAAAAGGAAAACACAAGGGCACAUAGUCAUGCGUGGGUCUUGAAGUAUAUAAGGAUGAAUGCCCUUGCUUUUUAAAUUGUAAAAAUAAAUUACUUUUUAUAUAUUAAAGAGGAACUAAUUUUCACUCAACUCAGUAGCUUAUUAAAGCGAACUACAAGGAUUUAAAAAACAAAAUAAAAAAAAUCUUAUGUUUACAUUUUUUUUUAAACGUACUUUAUAUGCCUUGCUUUCCUGGGACAGAUCGGGCUUAGCGUGCAAACUAACUUAAUAAAGGGACACUAUAGUCACCAAAACAACUUUAGCUCAAUGAAGCAGUUCUUGUGUAUAGGUCAUGCCUCUGCAGUCUCCGUGCUCAAUCCUCUGUCUUUUAGGAGUUUGUUUCUGUUUAUGCAGCCCUAGCCUCACCUCCCCUGGCUGUGACUGACACAGCCUGCUUGAAAAAAUGGUUUUAUUUUCAAUCAGACGUUUCUCCUGCUUUGUAAUUGAACUUUAAUGACACACAGGAGGCUCCUGCAAGGUCUAGCAAGCUAUUUACCAUGCAGGAAAUAAGAAAUUCUAAAUUAAAUUGACUGUGCACCAAAGGAAGUAAAAACAUCAGAACAUUUUACAGGAAGUGUUUAUGGAAGGCUAUGUAAGUCACAUGCAGGGAGGUGUGACUAGGGCUGCAUAAACAAAGGGAUUUACCUCCUAAAUGGCAGAGAAUUGAGCAGUGAGGCUGCAGGGGCAUGAUCGAUACACCAAAACUGCUUCAUUAAGCUAAAGUUGUUUUAGUGACUAUUGUCCCUAGAACCUGUAAUUUGCAAGGAUUGUUUUUCAGAAGGACCUUUCCAUUCUCAUGGGGUCAGUCUUGUAAAGUAACCUCUUCCUUUCGUCUAUAGGCUGUAUUUACAGUGUAUGUUGUCAUGAUUUUAGAGAUUUUAUUUAGGUAUCUUUGAAUCUCAUUUUCUUUUUGCCACUGUCUCCCACCUUCUGGAAUGUUCGGUGGUUCUGAAUAGUCAUUUGACAACCCUAAGCCUGCAGAGCUUGGUUCAUUGUUGGUUCUAUAGAGAGAUGCAAGGUUGAGUAUAGGGUUAUUGCACUCAAGAUUCAGUAAUGUCCAACGAGCGCGGCCAAGCCGUUCAGCUUUCGGAGCGCCAACAGUGCUUUGGAGUCAGUUAAGCUUAUGGAGCUUGUGCCGUUUCCUCUGUCGUUUCAAAUAUUGCAUAUUUUUCACUGGUUGUUGCGUUGCGUGUACUUAUUAAAAACUAAAACAUUUUUUUAUAGGAAUUUGAUAUCCGAGCAAACACACAAUGAGCCUUGUAGAUGGCAUGUUGUGUGCCAAACAAGACUGCUCGCUUCCUGCUCUCUGCGAUCUUUCUAAUUUUCACACCAAUUUUCCCAUCCAGCUUCUCUCUCUCCCCAUCUCCCUCCUCGCCCCUGUCAAUCCUGCCCCCACAGCGGGUGAGUCAUGUUUUUCAGUUUGAUAUAUUGUUUGUGCCGGAGGGUCCCAGCUUCACCCUGAACAUGCAGUGAGCACAGCCACGGAUCGUAAGACCCUGCAUUAGGAAGGCUAAAGCCAGGAUUAGCAUAAUCUUUAGUCUACUGAAAGAGUUUAAGGGGAAAACAAAGUAUCAGGUGUGAGGAUGUGCUUUAACUCCUUAAAGACUUACUGCAUUUCUAGGGCUCUAAACCUUGGGCUCUAAGGAGUUAAGGAUUUCCUUGUUACAAAAGACAAACAAAAUGGACACGUUGCGGAAUCUGAUUUAAAUUCUGCAUGGAUUUUGCUAAUUUAAGAGAUUUUGCAGAAAUAAAUCCAUUUAGUGCUUUGGAGGCCAUAAAUGCCUUUUGAGGCUCUCCAGAAACAGAUCAGAUAAGUUUUUUUUAAAUUUUUCAUUUCGCUCUAGAAUUACAGCCACAGCUUUGUGUACUAGGAGCUGUGUUACAAACGGAUCUCUAUGGAAGAUCCCUUAACGCCGCUGCUUUCAGGAGCAUAUUCCAGUGUUCAAUCAUUUUACAUCAAUAUAUGUUAUCCGUGCUAAUAACCCCACCUCAAUUCUUACUAGUCAUUUUUAAGUGCGAAGUCUGCCUUGAGAGGAGCACCACUGCACUAUUUCAAACCGGCAGUUUGUGAAACUGUAACUAAAUACCAGAUAUUUGUGGAUGUCAAUAUUUGGAUAAAUCCAGGUUUGCAGAGAUUUGUUAAAAAUUAUUUUUUUUUUUUAAAUACCAGUUAUCCACCUGCCCUCCGAAACUGGCCGAACGAUUUCUAAAUCUAUGAUUUAUGUAGGGAGAUCAUGGACAGGAUCCUCUCUGCUCCUAGAUAUGUGGGUGUGUAGGAACACUUACAAAAGUCAAUUAAUAACCAAUUCUUGAGAGCAUGCACUAGUCAAAUUAUUUGUAAAUGUAUAGCUAAAAAGGUAUUUCCAUUUUAAUUCUUCUGACAUCCUUGGCCUUUACAGCAUUACUGUAAAGACUGCAGAUAUUAUGAAGUUGACAGGACUUGCCCAGGGCAUCCUGCAACUCGUAGCAUUAACCCACAUGCGAGGAAUUGUUGGAUACUGUACGAGUCAUUUGGGGACGAGUGUCAGCAUAUCUUGCUGCCAUGUUUGUUUUCGCUGGGUCACAUCCAAGUGGAGGUUUGCAGUGGUCUGUGACAUUUAGGCCUUACUAAUAUAAGGGCUUUAAGCAUCGAUAAUCAACAUUGCUGACAAAAGACUGAUCGUAGGAAGUCUUAUCUGUAGGUUUAUAAAGUUAAAACUUAAGGAAAUCUGUUCUUUGUUGCUUUUUUUUUUUUUUUUAAAUAAAAUGGGGUGUAACCAAAAAAUCCUGCUUGAAUAAUAGAGGUUAAAAAAUAAAACCUGCAAAAUGACCGUUCACAAUUUAGGCAUGUGCUGAUGUCAUUGUGUGAGUGAAUGUUAGGAUUGUCGGAGUCUCCUUUGAACGAGGAUGUCCAGUAUGUGAUUUUUUUUUUAUUUUUUUAUUAUUUUUUUUGUCCAGGUAAAUAACAAAAGAAGAAAAACAUUUUGUCUUUUUUUUUUUUUUUCAAAAAUGUCCAGCAUGUCGCAAGAGGCCACCUGGGAGUGCUAGGUGGGUGGAUAGGGGAGUAUUGCAGGUACUUGGCCAUGGCUAGGAUGUAAUUAAGUAAAUCAUCAAAGCGGCAUGGUUUUAAGGCCCCCCUGGAUGAUUUCAGAAUUUUGUUCUAAUAAAAUGGAAAAUCUCCUCCAUAUAUUGAUAGAUUUCUCUUUUCGGACAUGUAAUAAUGUGAAGUAGAUUAACAUAUAUUCAUGUUUGAGAACAGAAGUGGGCUUGAAACAGAAUAAUAAUAGACCAGCUGUCUUUGGCAGGGGCUUCAGCGGGCACAACACAGAAGGUUUUUUUGGGUUUUUUGUUUUUUGUCUGUGGUGGAAAAAUAAGAUUUUGCCAGAGGCAGGGUUAAGUAAUUGGUUCUGUUACAUCGUAGGCCUGGCACCUUCCCAAUGUAAGUAGUUAAACUGUUUAAGAACAUUUUGACAACUUACAUGGGGUGUGCCGCAUGUCUAUUACCGCCACUUCUUCAUAUAAAAGCUCCAGCAGUGUAGGGCUGCACUCAUUGGCUAAGAGCUCGGCUUACACACUCGGCCAAUUCAACCAGCCCUGCACCGCAGGAUUUUCUGUGAGAAGACGAGAAGGAGGCGGGUGCUUGACAAACCCCAGGUAAGUUGUCAAAUUGUUCUAAAAAUAUUUGAUUACUUACACUGGGAUGCAUGAACAGUCCUUGCACCAUAACAACUUCAGCAGGCUGUAAUGAUUCUGGUGAUUGGAGUGAUCCUUUUUGAAUCUAUAAAUUAAAUUUAAAUGAAAAUGCAUCACAAGGAAAAUAAAGUUUUUCGGUGAUUUUUAUUUAAUUAAUUUUUUUUUAAUAUUCAGCGUUGUAAUUUCCAGACCGUUCCCCUUUAACACAUUGCUUGUGGCCCUGAGUAUCUAAGAGUACUUGGCAGCUGUUUAAGGUGAUUUCAUUCCACGUAUAGCAGCAGUACUGCCCUGUGUGGUUUGGUUUCUUUUUUUAAUACCGCUUAUCAGUGGAUGGCGUAUAAAGUGAAGCUCCUUUAAAUAAACUUUAUAAAUAGCCAUUAAGAUACGGAGUUAAUGUUCGCUCUCUUUCCCAGAGCUCUGAGCAGAGUUUAUCCUCUAAGGAUACCGUAUUCUGGAACUCUGUAAAUCAAUGUGACUAGAAAUCAAUUCAUUUAAACAAAUUGGACGAUUAUUAUUUCAAAACUCGAGAUGGACAAAGCAAAAAAAUAUCUAAUGUAACUGUGUCAAAAUAAUUAGAAAAAUAUAUUGAAAUCUAAUAAGCAGAGGGAUCAAUGGGAAAAUAAAAAAGGGGGGGAGGGGAUGGCUUACUAUAAAAUAAAUACUGUUUCAUUCUGUGUGUGUAUAUUGUAAAUGGGGGAGAGAGGGGGGGAAACAGAUCAAGGAAUUUAAGUGCGUAAUUCUAUAACAUGACACAAUAUUCCAUCAAUUUAAACUAAUCCUAUGAGGUUCGGGGGUCAGGGUUGGUGUGACGUGUACGUUCCUGCCCCAGGUGACCUUAUUGUCUCACCUUGAGUUUCUUUACUUAGUUUAUUUUUAGAUAGACCUUUAUCAUAACGGCAACAGAAGAUUUGCAAAUUGACCCAAUCAGAGCAGCAAGGCCUUUUGUUAAUUUAGAAAAUUAAAGGCGGUUACGUCAUUAGUAACAAUGAGCCAGGACAGGUCUGAUGUCAUACACGACUCUCCGAGCUGCCAUGAGUUUAACCAAGAAACAUGCUAACUAGUCCGUUGUUUAUCACCCCAGCCCUUCCGAUGGGACCUCAUACAGCACAUCAGUGCCACUGCUACAUAACUCUAACUCUGCAUGGAAAUUGACAGAGUGCAAGCCAGCAUCGGAUCUUCUGGUAAACUGCAGCUUCAAAGGACAAAGCUGAUCGUCCUGUUUAUUAUAGCUUUAAUGCCCAUCUUCAGCCCUAGUGACCGGCGUCUGGGGUCUUCGAUGAAAGUGUUUUGUCACCAUACAAAGAGCAUUGCCCAAAUGUGCGUCCACUGAUAGCUGACGCAGUGGCUGUCACGGUGCGUGUCUGCCGAGCUGUGUCCUUUGUUAGGUUGGUUUGUGGCUGAUACCAUGCUGAUGAUGUGGACUUGCACCGCUGAUGAGUUGACUUGCCCCUGGAGCAGUUGAUACAUUAUUAGCAUAGCGAUCAGUAAUACAGAUAAACAAUGCCUCUGUAUCAAGCCGAACAAAUUGUGAACAUAAAACUUAUUGCACAGCGAGUCUGGGAUCAAAAUAUCCACUUGCCACUAGCACUUGGUGAGUGAAAAUUUAGCCUUGGCGUGUAGAAAAUCACUCUUGGUGGAUAUUCUAUGGCUUACAGUGGCAAGUAACUUUUAGGACUGGCUAUAGAAACAUAGACUGUGAUGGCAGAUCAGAACCUUGUGAUCCAGCCUUUCUUGUCUGCCUAAAUAGUAGCUAAGGACCACCUAUUUUAAGCCCAAUUAAAACAUAGCCCAAGAUAACAGAGGGUUUGACAGGAGAAAACUGUUUUUAUUAGUACAAGCAUCCAAAGAAAGUGUCUCCCUACUACAUCGUCCAGGGCUGCGUGUGACUGCAUUAUACUACUCAGGAAAUGUAUGGGUGUAGUCAUCGUGGUAAUCCUAGCGUGAGCCUGGAGAUUUAAAUUCAGAGCAAAUCACAGGACUGAUCACUGACUAGCCAUCACAGGGCUCUACCCUUACCGGGGCUAGUAUCAGCCCUUUCUCAGUGAGCACGCAAAGUGUCUGCUGCUUCAUAGGGUAAUAAGGCCACAGGCUCCCUAUCAUGAGAUAUAUGGAACAAUCAUUCUGUUAUUGUGCCCUCUAGUGGUGGUUCAGCUCUCAAAAUAAUUUUUGUAAUUGGCCUCGUACAAGUGUUUGACCCUGAAAAAAAACCCACCUGUUUUUGCAAAUAUUGAUCUUCAAAAAAUAUUAGCCAAUAAACUGUCCAUUUUUUUUUUUUUUGUCCCUGAAAUUAUUAUCUUAUCUUAUCUUAAUGUGACCUAAUUGAAACCCACCCUCCAUUCUGUUCAUACAUCUCCUGAAGACAAGGAGGGCAGAGCCUCGUUCCAUACUGGGAUGCUGGUUGUGAGCACAAUGUGAUCUAUCCCUCCUUUGCAGGCCAUGACUCCUGUAUUAUACGAAGCAGUUUGCCCUGCAGGCAAUCGGUCUUUACAAAUGUCUCAUCAGACUAUAGCUGGCCUUUUCUAAUUCCUUCAUAUCUCACAUCCAUGUUGUUUUACUUCAAAGCGAAGCAGUCACAUGGCUUAGUUUACAAAAUGGCCAUGCACCAUAACAACUGAAAGAUUGCUGUGAAUCAUUGUGUAUGUACUUACCAGCAAUUCUAUGCAGAGAUCGUGGGCUGCAACCAAACCGCAUAACCCUUCUGCUGAUUAAAGCCAAAGUCUAUCACUAGUCCCGGAGACAAGCGUCUUGACAGAGCUGAACAACAUGAGCCCAGCAAUGAAUGGGUGAAUUUGUACUGGUAGUGCUAGUCAUUUGUACAGUUUUAAACAGUCUAUGAUUUUUAUGCGGCCUUUGGAGAUAUUACCCUAGGGGUAUUUGUAGUUGUCAUCCUGUGCUUACUAAGAGCCAGCCCAAAGACUGAACUAGCCAUACAGACCCUCCUGCACCAAUAUAACUGCAGCACUGGUAACAUUUCUUUAGAGGCACCAUUGUCAGAAUAUACCGCUUCAUAAAUCCGUUUGAAACAACACUGUGGAUAAUUCUGAAGAAGCCAUAAUAGAUUUAUUUGGAAUUGUCACUUGACGAUCUGUUUUAUACUUUCGCAGUGGAGGUGACCAAUAUUAAUAAAAGGACAGGGCCGCAGAGAUCAUGCGGUGGCAGCAGCCAAUCAGAGCCUGUGAUUUGCAGAGUAGUUCCCAACAUUCCACAGGGAAUGUUGAACGUGUAUAACACAAGGUAUAAAUAAUUUAAAAAAAAUACGGUAAAGAUUCAGUAUCAGGGUAUGUGCUGGUGAUCAGCUUGUGGAAACAAAUAAUGGUAUUAAAUAUCCUCUUUGGUGCCUUGCUAAUCAUGUUUUAUUUCUAAACCGUGACACCAUGGGCGAAGUGUUCCAUAUAAUUAUAUAAUGAUAUUUCGUGAUUGUCAGAGGAUUUUGUAUUUUCAGAAGCCAAAUGUGAGGUUAUGAUUCCAGCUUUUGCUAUUGGCCAACAUUUCAUUUUUGCUGCUUUUGUGAGAGCUGGAACGUCGGUAUACACAUUUUCUGUGCUUGCCAUGGAUUCCAUUUUUUUGCCCUCAAUGUGUUGAGAUGUUUCACAGAUUUAGAAUCAGAGUAUUGGCCAAUUAAUUCCCCAAGCCCUGCAAAUUCACUACACGUGCCAUGAUUGAUGGAUUGCAAGCUGAUCUGGGUCUAUAGCUCAUUUUGCAGAUGUAGGUCGUCAAUACGGAGAGAAAUUUUAAAUGUUCUGUCUGACUGGAGAUGGUAUAACCCCCCUGUACAUCACACAACCCCAGGAUUAAAGGAACACUGUAGGCACUAUAACAACUUCAUCUUAUUGAAAUUGUUUAUAGUGUCUUAAAUGCUAGCUGCCCUGCCCUGCCCCCAAAAACUAAUAUUUUGUCUCCAAGCCUGCUGGUUAUGGCUCUCCUACCGUAAGCUACCAUGUCGCCACAUGCACGCAUGGGCAGUGCCAUCACAUUCUGCCUUAAAGAAAUAUUAUAUACAAUAAUUCCCCAAGGCCGAAUCAUAGGCACAUCACGGCGAGCCUUAAAGGUUCCUCUAUGAGUAGCAUUGGACUGGAACGUCAUCCUGGAGGCACGCAGCAGACAAGAGACUCAGUGCUGGAGAGAAAGUGAGUAUUUUCGUUUAAAUUGAUUUUUUUAAAUUUUUUUUUAUUAUUUAUUUUUAUAGUUUUUUUAAAAAAUUUUGAUGGUUUCGUAACGAACACGGGGAAAAGGGUGCAAAACUAUGGAAGGACUUUAACAUUGUAGUGUUAGAACUACAGAUAUGAAUUGCUAACAAUACAGUAAUGUGAAUUGCUACGCUGUUUCUGAACUAGAUUCUCAACCUGUCUACCUUGUACACCGGCUCCAGAUCGAAUGUAUCAAAAAUGAAAACAGUCGGUGCAAUUUCUGGAUAUUGUUUUUUAAUUUAUACAUUCAGUCCUGCAAAUAGGUAAAAUCUCCUGCUUUGCUCCCAUAUACCCACAUAAGAAGUAAAUCUAAUUCAAGAUUUGCAUGGAGAUUCUAUCUAUAAAGCCGUUAUCCAAACUGGUGCCUUCUCUUGUCUUCUUGUUGCGUCUGUGAGUGUUGGCAGGCUCUCGUUGUGUGUACACUCCUCUUUUAGCAUGUUGUCUGAUUGAACGUCUGUUCCUUCAUGCAUGCCAUGCAACCCAUCACCCUCCGCCUGCUGUCUGAUUUCAUUUAUAAUUGUGUUAUGCGGCUUCCGGCCUGGGCCUGUUCUGUCGGCAAUGACUCAUUCCUCUAAUCUAUUUGUGCACAAGGAAAGGCGGGCAGCUCCUGGCAGCCGAGAUAUGGCACGACCAUCUCCUACCCGCCGUAAUGUGAUUUCACAGGAUCUUCAUACUGACGUUCGUGCCUUGUUCGCUUUACUAAAUGUGUAACAAAGUUACCAGCUAUUUGUUGCUCCAACCUUUAAUUCACAGCGAGGCAAGCUGAUCAUUCAGCUCUCACUUUACUGUGAUGAGAGAUGACGGUAUAUUUAUUUAGAUUGAAAGCCAGCUGUCUGUAGGUGUGAACGGCCCUGAUUUUGUCAGCGCACACCAAACUAUGCCUGCUGUCACUGUCUCUUGAUGAUCUACCAGGUGUUAACUGUCUUGAACCUCUGUUUGCUGUUAUUUACGUUGUGGCUAUUGUGUUCAUUUUGUUACAAAACAGGACCAUCAGAAAGUUGGUGUAGAUAUGCGGGGCAUCAGUGGAACAAACAGGAUUAAAUGCCUUAUAGCUUACUUUGACACCGUUCACACCAUGAGCUCAUUCUAUCUAGGGUUACCAUGUUUUCAGGGAUACAAUAUAACUUUGUCAUUUAUGAAAAUGCAUGAAAAAGGUUGUCCUGCAGUAUAUAUAAUGCAUAUUCUUCAGCAUUCCUCAUUGUCUAAUUACAUGAUCUUAUACACCUUCUUCUGAAUUCUACAUACUAUAGGACUGCCCAUCAAUAUGUAUUCUUGGUAUAUGUCCCUGAAAACACCGUGGAUCAGGUAACUCUAAUUAUAUGGGAUCAUCUUCAUAGGUGUACCGGCAACCGGCAAAGCUUUGCCAUGUACAUACUCCCAGCAUUUCAAGUAGAAAAAGAGGGACACGUUCCUUUAGGGGUAUGAAGGGGGUUGUGGCCAGGGGUGGGGCUGUUCUCAUACAUUUUAGGUGGCUUACUAAUAAUUUAUACAACUAAAAUGUCAUUUAGAACAAGAACAAUGUUUUUUUUAUUUAUACAGACUGAUUUCUAGCUAGCUUGCGUCAAGAGCAGCUUCUAUAACAGAAAUGGAAGGCAGGAAAUUAGAAGAUUCUAACAAUUCAUAGUUUUUAUUUUGUGCAUUCUAUCUCGUAUCUUUAUUUGCAAAUUUAAAUUGUGAGCUCUAUGGAACAAACAACAAUUUGUCUGGUUGACAGACUGUACAAGUUUUUUUUAAUUUUUAUUUAUUAAACCAUUACGUUUUGUAAUCAAGAAAUGGAUUAAAGCUUUUGGUUUCUCCUCUACUUGUGUUGUCCUGCUUUCUUUGGCACACUGUAGGUUAAUAGGCUCCGAAUGGUUCAAAGAAUCUGUCCGCGAUUCCGUUAUGAAAUCCUUUGUAUCUGCUCCUCUCCUGCUGACCCAUAUUUUGUAGAGGGCAGGAGCUUCUGGGGGCUUUAAUUUCUCGCUUCGGCGCACAGCGCAAACAGUAGAUGUAUCUCGUGUUUAAUUCUUCUUUAUCUUCUGCCCUUCAUUUACAAACUACAUUUAUCAACAUUUUCUGCAAUAACCUCUACAAGUCCCACCAUAUAUACUCCAUCAUUUUCACUCAUUCUGUCCUGUAUCUCCCAAAUUUCAACCUUUUCUCUUUUGCUAAACAUUCAAAAAAAACACACAUCCUAGUGUAGUAUACAGUACGAUAUUUGUAUUUUUAUCUUGUACUACAAUGGUAUCCCCCAUACUAGUUUAAAAUAUAUUUUGUGUGGGGAGACACCUGGGGAAACUACUGAACCCCAUAUCUUGAUACAUUGCUAGUUGAAGGGACACUCUAGGCACACAGACCACUUUAGCUCAUUGUAGUGGGUCUGGGUGCAGUGUCCCUGUUUUACAGAAACUGCAAUAAUUACAUAUCCGGACUAAGACUGCCUUUUGUGGCUCUGUCACAAAGCCACUAGAGGCACUUCUUGGUUUCUAGUUGACUUUUUGUCCCUUAAAUGAUGCUGGACGUCCUCCCGCCCCGCAUGAGGAUAUCCAGCGUUGGCGAUUUCCCCGUAGGAAAGCAUUGCCUGAUGCGCUUGCAGUGCUCACUGCACAUGCGCAUUGGCACCCCCCCAUCGGGUGAUGUCGAAGGAGACAGAGCGCCGAUGAAGCUCUGAUAAAGAUCGGCGCUGGAAUCGGGUGAGUACAGUAAGGGUUUAUGAACCCUUACAGUGCCGGGGUAGGGGUGAGAGGGCGUGUGAGAAAGGGGGGCCCAGAGGGAAGUAUGGUGCUAGAAAUACCGAUUUUGUUUUCUUACCACUGUAGUAUAAUUUGUGUGAUGGUGGUAGUAUACAACAUCCUGUAUCCAAAUCGAAAAUCUUUACACUUAUUUUUUUGUUUUUUUUUGUUUCACUCACUGCGUGUUGUGUACUCCUGAAAUUGCUUUCCAAUAAAAUGUAAUCUAAUAAAAUGUAUAGCACAAUUACUGACUGACUUUAAUUUAGUAGACUGAUGGUCAUGUUUUACAUGUUCUAUACAUUUAUUAUAGCUAUUAUGUGUAAGGUAAACUAAUUAUAAAAUGUCUUGUGUUUUGUUGGCUUGUUGCUUGAACAAGACUUGCAGAUCCUAACUCAUGGAAUAAAGUUCUUAGGGAAUAGAAAGUUUGUUUGUUUUUUUUUUUUGUUUUGUUUUUUGACAUAGUACACCAACAUCGUGGAACUCCCGAAAAGAAAUUUGCGCUGUAGCACAAAACUUUUAAUAAGGAGCUUUUUUUAUCAUCAUUUUUUAAUAUCUUGCUCAUAAACUGUUUAGUCUUAUGAUACUCCUGCAGCUUUAUCUUAAAGGCAAUGUCUUUAUCUUUGUACUCUGGGUGGUUUUGCUCAGAAUGAGGACGUAAUUUAGCAGGUGCUAGUAAACUGUUUGGCAAUAUUUUAUUGCAAAGUGCGCAUUGUGCUUUAGAAAUAUUUUUAUUUCUGGCACUUGUGAAUCCAAAUUUUAAGUAGCUAUUGUCAUAUUUUCUUUUCUUUGUUUGAGAGGAAGAUUGGACAGCAUUGUGUGCUUUUUCUUUUUUUUUCUUUGACUUGUCACUUGUCUCUGCUAUUUGAGGAACAGUUGAUUCAACUAUUUUGGACUUGUUUUCUUGAUUUCUUGUGUCAUCUUUCUCAGUUUCUAGAAGUGUCGAACAGCUAGAAGUAGUAAUAUUUUUUUCUCUUGAUUCCUUGUUUUAUCCAGUUGUCCAAAUUCAUGGUUGUUGGUUGGUAAAAAAAAAAUAAACACUUCUCUAACCUGAAGAAAUACAGAUCUCAUUACCUGACUGCAAUGGAUGCUGUUUUUUAUAAUGCUCUUAGAAAGAACUUAAAGGAUCACUAUAGUGUCAGGAAAACAAAGCGGUUUUCCUGACAUUAUAGUGCCCUAAGGAGGCCCCCACCCUCGGGGUCCCCCUCCCGUGGCGCUGAAGGGGUUUUAUUUUUAGUUUUAAGUGUCUACCUUUUUAAAUUCUCUCAAGGACGUUCUUGAAAAUGAGAAAUCAGUGUCCUCUCUGGACGUUUGUCAUAGUGCCACAUCACAAAAAAUAUAAGAUUUAUAGCACUGCACUGUAUGUACUAUGUGCGUAUUGGCUAAAUGCUUUAUUCUGUGUUUUUAUUGUAGUAAGAAACAUGUAAUUGUAUUUCUUAGUAAAAUCUAUUGAUGUAGCUGUUUAAUUAUCUCUCCCUCUCUGUCACUAAUUUUGUUUCAGUGAGAGGGCUCAGUUGGUUAAUGUGCAAACUGUAAAGUCUUUGUAAACCACAUGGUUGCUGGGUUUGAUGCUAUGCAAUGUAAACUCGGUCAUUAGUUUGGGUAUAAGAAACCUUUAUUAGUCAUUUGUCAAUUCAUUAAAUCUGAUAUGGUGUACAAAAACAGUGGAAGUAGAAAUUGGUGUAUUCCUAAAAAAAUAAAUAAAUACAAAACAAACACAGGAUAGGUUAUGCAAUAAUAUCUGUAGUCUAGCAGCGAAAAUGCAAAUAUUAGGCUAAAUUAGUCAAAGUUUAAUUAUUGUCAAAGUCCGCUAUAAUUUCACAUCAGCAACUUGUGCUUUAAAUUCUGAAUUCCAGGUAGUUUUCCCAGUAAAUUAUGGUUUGGUCAAUAACCCUGCCUGCUAUUCACCAAAUCAGGACUAUGAGGUGAAUUGCAAGGGAAUUGGGUGUUUCAGAACAAAAUAGGCAGACCGGGAGAAAUUCUUACCUUAAAUGACGCUGGGCAGUCAUGCAUAAGUAAGUGAGUGGCAAUCUCACGAUCUGUUAAUAAGAUCGCGGCCGCGCGAUCUCUGCUGUUUCCGACCUUCCGAGGCUAUAUUGGAUGUGGCGAUUCACGGCGGAACCCCAAUUUUGUUCUUGCUGGGAAACACUAACUGGGAAAUGCUGGUAUAGAUCAUGUGUGAGACCUGAAGUCUCACUGCUUAAUUCUCUUACAUUUAGGAGUUAGAUCACUCUAUCUAAUCUCACCACCUGGUAUGUAACUUGCACAGACUUCCUGUAAAGUGAGAUCUAAUGUUUAUACUUCCUUUAUUGCACAGUCUAUUUUAUAAGCCUAGCAAGCACUGUUACUAGCUUGCUAGACUUUGCAGAAGCAUUCCGUGUGUGCUCAAAGUUCAACUUACAGAACAGAAGAUAAAAACUUCUAAAGUGAGUUACAUCUGAUUUGAAAAUGCAGACUGUGCCAGUCAAAGCCAGUGGAGGUGUGGCCAGAAGAUAAAAACUUCUAAAGUGAGUUACAUCUGAUUUGAAAAUGCAGACUGUGCCAGUCAAAGCCAGUGGAGGUGUGGCCAGGACUGUAGAAACAUAAACAAAUUAAAUGUUACUUCUAAAUAGCAGAGAAUUGAGCAGUGUGUCUGCAAGGGCAUGAUUUAUGCAGCAAAACUGCUUCAUUAAGAUAAAGUUGUUUUGGUGAAAUAUAGUGUUCCUUUAAACUCUGAAUUAUAGUGAAUUGAAUUAAAAUCCAAAUUGUGAUUGUGACUAUAGCUGAGCUGUAUAAUUUUUCCAUAAUUUCUAUUUAAGCCUAAUUUUUUUAAAAUUGUGUUUCACUAGAAUUUGAUAUUGGGUUAUUAACUAGAGUGAGAAUUCAAAGUGAAUUUUGGAUUUAAGAGCACACUCUGGGCACCAUAGGAGCUUCAUUGGAAUUAAGUUGUUGUUGUUAUAGUGAAAGGAGGUGUUAGUUCGCCUUGCUGGCUCUGGCUCUUGAGCAGUUUAACCCCAAAGUCUGUUCUAGCGCUAGAUUUGAAGGGGGACCCACUGAAUGGCUGCGAGUGGCAACUGACUGCUCUAUGCAAAUCCUCAUCACCCCCGUCCGUGGCAACAUCACACUUCCAUUUUCCAGCAAGUGGAAGGACAGAGAGGUCCGACAGUGAUGAGUCAGCACUAGGACCUCCUGGCACCAUGGAAAAAUCUCUUCGUCUGCUAUACUUUCAGUUUGGAUACGCCAGCCUUAAAUUUAAAAGUCACCGUGAAUUCUUGCAUUAGAAAAUUACUGUGCUUGUAAAGUAACUGUGUAAUUCUGUUUCAAAAUGAUAAUUUUUUAAAGAUUAUUCACUAAAGUGUGAAUUUUUGCGAAUUGAAUUAAAUUUUGGCCAUAAUAGUUGAUUCACCUAUUUUUUAUUAAAAUUUUAGAAAAAAAUUAAUAUUUGAAAUUCACUUUGAAUUCCUGACCAAUCACACUUCACUGAAUAACCCUUUUAACCCGUUAAGGACCAAACUUCUGGAAUAAAAGGGAAUCAUGACAUGUCACACAUGUCAUGUGUCCUUAAGGGGUUAAAGGAACAUUCUACGCACCACUGUAAUAAUUAUGGUGUCAGGAGUGUCUCUACAGCACCUUCCCAGUGUGAUUAGUCUGUUUGUGAAUGGUCUGACAGGUGCCUGUCACCUCCUCCUACCUGCGUGUGUGUCUAUUAUUGUGAAGAAUUUAACAUGGAAACCCCAUGACCUCUUACAUUGCUAUAGUACAUACACAGUGCAGCAUGUCCUCACAGCACAACAAGAGUUGGGUCUUGUUUCCAGAUCUGUGACCUGCCGGAGGGAUGUUACUGGCCCGGUAAAUCAAUGCAGAUGGUCGGCGCAGUGCCAGUUAUUGCUAAUGAAGCAGGUUGAGUUAGGAUGCAGCCAUACACAGAGGGGGUGAUGCUUCUCGACUCCCAGUGGGGGCCAUUCGCCAGUCUAAUAUACCAUUAGAGGAACUUGGUAUGGGGGGCUGGCCAAAUGAGAAUUGAUAAACUUUUACCUCCCCAAAUAAUUUAUCAUUUUCACACGUAUUGCUUAGUUUCCAGAAUAGCUUAUGAGUGCCAGUGUCAUAUUUGGAUAUUUGUUUCUGUUGACAAUGAAUUUCACAGCUUUCUCGUAUACACAACUCCGGGUGUACAGAAAAUUCAAUUCUGCCAGACCCAGUGUUUCCAGGUUACGGUAAUUCUCAGUAGAAAUACAAGAGGCCAGUAAGCCCUUAGUCUAUGUGCGAUUCAUGCUGAUCCCUGUUAUUUAUUUUACUCCCUUCCUUCCCUGCUCUGUUUAAUCCAAUAUUUAAUUUCAUAAAAUAUAGUUUGUAUGAUUGAAAUGGGUCCUUUGUGUGGUACAUGUUACUAGAAUAUUUCUGUUUAUCUGAAAAGGCCAAGACUAGUGAACUGAUGCACAUUUGUCGGGGAGACAAGCCUUUUGGGGUUUUUUGGUUGAUUUUUAAAACAUUUUUUUUUUCACUUAAACAGGUUUUUGUUUAAAUCCACAAUUAUGAAUUUAUUACCUACAGUGGGAAUUAGCAUAAAUAGCCAGGGGUAUUCCAACAUUUCUGCUAAAAUCUACCUCUUUAAUUUUUGGGUUAUUGCUGUCUGUCUCAUUAAACUGUACUUUCAGCCCAUAAAGUUAAGUUUCCAUUUAUAAGACCAUAACUAAUGAGACAUUCGAGAAAGGAUACAAUUAAACAAUUGCCCACAGUAAAUUACAGAUCCUUUUUAAAAAUGUUUUUUUCCAGCUAUGCCAAGUUAUUAGCCGAGCACUCGUGCAAAAAUGUGAUUUAAUUCACUCAUCAUUCGUAAAUUUAUAUAAUUGAAAUGUGUAUAUAUGUAUUCACAUAGCCUACUAUUUUAAUUUGGUUCAGCCUGUGAUUUAUUAAACUCUUCCUUUAUCAGAGGUAAGUACCAAGCUACGUUUGUUAGUAAGGGGUUGGUUUGCAAUGCGCACUUAAUUUAUCCUGUUGCGUAUAAUUUAGUAAUUCCCAGUUCACGUUACCCUCUCCCCUUGCCUUAAAACGUCUCCUCUCCAUAAGGCAAAGUUGUCUGUGGGUGGAAAAUCCUCUUACAUUGAAAUCCUCCUGUGAAAUGAUUUGGCUGGAGUUUGAAGCCCGGUGAUAUGUGUGGGUGGAUGAAUCGUGUUUUUUUUCUUACGCACAUGCAUGCAGACAUUGAGCAAAUGAUUAGAAUAACCUUAGAACUCGUAUAGAUGUCCCCUGCUACAAACGAUCCCCCUGAGGUGACCUUAGCCUUACUCCAGGUGGCUGCUAGGGUGGGUAAUUGGCUUAGCAAAUAUUUAUUUUCACCCCUGACUUGUAUUAAUUCUGUUCUCAGAAUUUCUUUGGACCCUGCAGGAAACCACAUUCUUUGGAAGAAGAUGAUAAAUCAUCACCCAGCAAGGUCCGUCCACCUUUGUACUUGGUCUGACCCACGGGGACUACCAUUCAAUUAAAACAGAGUAGCAGCUGAGACGGUUGCUGAGGUUACGGCAUAGCUUGUUUCUGUGCUAAAAUCAUAAAAAUUAUGCUUGGUAAAAGGUCCAUAAUUGCUCUUUUCUAUAUCCGAUUUGUCAUGUUUAUGUGAUCUUAAAAUCUCGAGGGAGGCAUGUUUUAAUGCAGAGUUACUACUUAAUGAGGUACCUUCGACACACAAUGUUAGUUGGCAAACCCACUUAAUUUGCUUUGAUGCAGGUCUAGAACAAUAGUCCUUGUCAGUUGUGGAUAGUCCCUUUUCUGGUCGGCAUAGAUUGAUUGGUUGAGAAUCUAAAAUGAACAUAACAUUAUUUUGAUGAUAUGUUUAAACAUUCAAUUUAGGAGUUUACAAAAGGCUAAAGGUUUAGGAGAAUUAUUUAUUCUUGUAUUGAAAUCUGGCCUAAAGAUAGAGUACAAGAGUUUCCGAUAAUGUAAACCUAGUGAUGCAAGGGAUCCACAAAGAGCAACAAUGUUCUAAUUCAGACAGUGAUGGAACACCUAUAGAGAGCCUGGUGGCCAAAUUCUAGAUUCUCAACUGUCCUACAAUUCCUUCACUGAAUUGCAAGUUGGGGAUCUACCUGUAUUUGUGUUCAUUGUUUGUGCGUUUAAAUGGUUUUUUUUAUAUGGAGUAUGCAUAAACGUGGGGGAGGGGUGUGUGUGUGUGUGUGUGUGUGUUUGUGUGUGUGUGUAUGUAUAUUUAUAUAUAUAUAUAUAUAUAUAUAUAUAUAUAUAUAUAUAUAUAUGUAUGUGUGUGUAUACAUACAUAUAGUGUUGCAAUAUGAAUUUGUGUGUAGUGUUGGCGUUUGAAUGCUGGGGUGUGUGUGUGUGUGUGUGUGUAGUGUUUUGGUGUUUGAAUGCUGGGGUGUGUGUGUGUGUGUGUGUGUGUGUGUGUGUAGUGUUUUGGUGUUUGAAUGCUGGGGUGUGUUUGUGUGUAGUGUUGGAAUGCAGUGGUGUCUUUAUGUGUGUAGUGUUGGCAUGCUGGGGUGUGUUUGUGUGUAGUGUUGGCGCAGUGGCGUACACAUGACCCAUGGGGCCCCGGUGUGAAAAUUGAUCCGGGCCCCCCUCCCCCCCCCCGGGCAAGGGCCGCAACACAUGGCGGUGGGCACCUGGUCGCAGGGGUUACAGGGCUGCGACCGCGGUAUGUACGCCAGUGCAUGCAGAUGCACACACACUUAAAGGCACCAGACCACUUCAGCUUAAUGAAGUGGUCUGGGUGCCAGGUCCAGCUAGGGUUAACCCAUUUUUUCAUAAACAUAGCAGUUUCAGAGAAACUGCUAUGUUUAUGAAUGGGUUAAGCCUUCCCCUAUUUCCACUAGCAGCUGUCUCAUUGACAGCCGCUAGAGGCGCUUGCAUGCUUCUCAUUGUGAUUUUCACAGUGAGAGCACGCCAGCGUCCAUAGGAAAGCAUUAUGAAUGCUUUCCUAUGUGACGGCUGAAUGCGCGCGCAUGCCGCGCGUGCGCAUACAGCCGACGGGGAGGAGAAGAGGAGGAUCGGAGGAGGAGAGCUCUCCGCCCAGCGCUGGAAAAAGGUAAGUUUUACCCCUUUUCCCCUUUCCAGAGCCGGGCGGGAGGGGGUCCCUGAGGGUGGGGGCACCCUCAGGGCACUAUAGUGCCAGGAAAACGAGUAUGUUUUCCUGGCACUAUAGUGGUCCUUUAAAGGACCACUACAGACACCCAGAUCACAUCAGCUCAAUGAAGUUGUCUGGGUGUCAGGUCCCUCUAGUUUUAACCCUGCAGCUGAAAACAUAGCAGUUUCAGAGAAACUGCUAUGUUUCACUGAGGGUUAAUCCAGCCUCUAGUGGCUGUCUCACUGACAGCCGCUAGAGGAGCACACUGAACAUCCAUAGGAAAGCAUUGAGUAAUGCUUUCCUAUGGGCGGUUUGAAUGCGUGCACGGUCGCAUUCGGAGCUGAGAGGCUGAGGGAUCCUCAGCGCCAAGGGAGUCCGGCGCUGGAGAAAGGUAAGUGCUGAAGACACACACACACAUUUACUGACAGAGACAGUCAGCGACAGACAUACAUACACACUCACUUACAAAACAUACACUCUCAUUGACAAACACACACUCACUAACAGACAUCAAAUAGACUCACUAACACACAGUAACACACUCACUCUAACACUCACUCUAACACUCAUGUUUUUUUUUUGUUUUUUUUAAAUGUAAUCCUCCCAGCCUCCUUACCUUUUUGGAGUGCUGGGGGGAUUCCCUGGGGUCCUGGGCGGGUGGCCGGUCGGGCAGGCUGGCGCGCGAGGGAGCACUCAGUGCUUCCUCUUCAGCUCCCUCGCGCGCCGCGUAGGGAUGCCGGCGCCGGACGAUGAUGUCAUCUUCCGGCUCCUGUAUUAGUGCAGUGUGCGAGGGAGCUGAAGAGGAAGCACUGAGUGCUCCCUCGCGCGCCAGCCUGCCCGACCGGCCACCCGCCUUCCGGGUGUCAGCAGGGCCAGCCUCGGGGGGCCUUGAGGUGGUCGGCUCCUGGGUACCCCAGGGGAAGAGGCUGGCCCUGUGGGUACAUACCGGGUCGCAGGGGCGGCCGGGCCCCCCGGUGCGACCCUGGUAUGUACGCCACUGUGUUGGCGUUUGAAUGCUGGGGUGUGUUUGUGUGUAGUGUUGGUGUUUGAAUGCAGGGAUGAAUGGACAUCUAUACAUGUACUACAAUCACUGUGAUCAGUCUGAAUCUAAUCCCUCCAGAGCUUUGUGGGGAAAUCAGAGCCGUGUGUUGCUUCCAGUGUCUUCAAUAAAUAGGGCUAAGAUCAAUUGAAUUCUGCUUUACAAAAUCUUCUAUAAAAGUUUUGACCACAAGUUGGCUAAAAUGUAUUGGUGUUAGACUGUAAUGAAUCCUGUUUAAACUUCCGGUGAGAAACCAGUGACUGGUAUCUAGGAUGGUAAUAUUGGUUCUCCCCCUGGGGGUGCAGCUCUGCCAACCUUGACCAAGACUUGCUGAUUGUUAUAAGUAAUUAUGGCAAAAGUAAAGUUGUGGGGUUUUUUUUUUUGGUUUUUUUUUUUUGGUUUUUUUUGUUGGUUUUUUGAUGCAGAUAAUUCUACAAGAAUUCUGUCAGUGUUGUGAACCCCCCAAUCCUGUUUUCUUGUGUCCCCUCAUAUAACACAUUUCUCUAGAGAUGUCAGUCCAUGCUGAGUGCAAAAUGAAAUUGUCAGACAAGGCUGAGGGCUGAAACACUGAAUCCCAUUCGUACUCACAGCAGUAAUUCGGAGCGGCAGUUCUGAGCAGCUGAAGUGCAGACAUUUUGAUUUCUGGGCUGUCCGCUCGACUUCCAAACAGUGACUAAUUUAUUGUAUGUGCAGGGGAAUUUUCAGUAGUUCUAGGAGUGUAACUGGUGUGGAGUUAAAACACACAGAUUGCCUGGCCACAGGUAGGUCGAGACUGACAAACUGAUGCCACCUGUGUAUUGCUGAAAGUGUAUUUUGGAGAAUUCAAGCCAAAACUCAUGAAUGACUUCUAGAAUACUCUGUGACCCAAUAUCCACACAGACUGCGUACAGGGACUAAAAUCCCUUAGUUUAUUCUAUAAACCGGAAAAUGUUCACAACUGACCAGGGAAGUCCAUAUAUAAGCCAUAGUAGCCAAACUGCAAAUAUUAUCUAAUUUCAAUUGUCUAGAAAUCACAGUAUAGUGAAUUAAUUCUAAACUGUUUUCUUUCAUGGAUUUGGGUUGGAGUGACUCCUAUGUAGGUUUCACAGCCUGCACAUACACGGAAUAUAGAUUAAUAUUUCAGAGGGGGAGGGCAGGGCGCAGAGUUAACGCAUGAACCUGAACAGACGCCGUUUCUGGAAGCUCCUCGCAGGCCCUGUAAAACUCAUAUCUCAAUCCAGUUACGCCGUCCAGCUCUAACGACCCAAGAAAUUAUGUCUGAACACCUUCCCACAUGGGUAGAUGCCUUUUCAAUACUCCCAGAGACACUACAGAGGCGCAAAACCGGAGCCUACCAGCUUCCGAUGCUGCGAGGCCUAGAGACACUACUCAAUAGCUUACUAGAGGCCCACAGCCCAAGCAAGCCAGAACAGCCUGGGCCAAAUUCGCUACCCGACACCUCAAGCAUGAGACGCCGGAAGUAAAAACCCGACAGACAUCGGGGCGAUGCUCCAGAGGCCCACAACAACCAAACCAUCACCAGCAGAGACCAAGCACACUGCUGCAGCACAAACUCCUGUAUCAGAAAACAGAGACCAAGAGGCUGUUACUACUCCUGAACCCUUAAGCCUGCAACACACAGAGAGCUCGACCCCAAUCAUCAAAGGGGAUCUCCUCUCAAUUCUGCACAAAAUGAUGGCAGCUGACCUAGCUCUGCUUAGAAUAGAGAUCCAAGCUAACACUGAACAUUUCAAGGCGACUGAGGAGGAUAUCACAGAUGUAACUAACCUGAAUGGAUCGGUGCCGCAACUCCACACUUUUCAUCACAGCAUGGCAGAACGCAUGACCGUCCUCGAAGACAAUCAACGGCACAACAUCAUAAAGAUACGCGGCAUCCCCACCACUCUAGUGGCAGAAGAGCUGCCACACUACAUCUGAAGGCUGCACACCUCCAUUCUAUCUCCAACAGUGGCCAAGAAAAUUACCCUGGAUGGCACAUUCUGGAUUGCUAGCCCCACCAAAUCCUCUCCUGCGGAACCGUGAGAUGGCAUCAUUCGAUGCACCUCAACAGCGGAUAAGGUCCGCAUCAUGGCGGCAAUACGGGGUAAAACCCCGCUGACUUUCGAAGACUCCUCUCUUAACUUCUUCCAGGACCUUUCCAGGGCAACACUGCAAUGGCACAGGACCCGUCACUUCGCACCUCCUAUCCUCUGGUGUGCCUUACCGAUGGGGGGACCCAGGACACCCUACUUGUGAACCGCAACGGAUCUGCACACAUGCUCCGGUCCCCCACUGAAACUCAGGCAUUCUUUAUAGCAUUGGGACUAACCGAACCUGACCACAACCCACCUAACUACAACAGCAAUUUAUAACCCCAUCAAUGUCAGCCCAUUCAUACCAUGGGCCACUAGUCUCAUCUCGUUAGGAACUUGACUGCCCGAUCAACAUUUACAGAGCCCUAGAUCCCUUUAGGCUGGAAGCUCUAAUACUAUACUGUAAUUCACACUCAGCCAGAUGUUUUUAUUUUUAUUUUUUUGUCUUUUUUUUUUUAUUUCUUUUUUUUCCUCUUGUCGAGUUUCUAUUUAUUUCUAUUUGAUUUUAGUUCCAGUUUACCAUGGGUUACUCCUGCAUUAGUAUAGGAUGUCCAAAUGUUGCUAUAACUUACAGGAUGUGAUAGGUAUAUGGUGAGCCUCAGAAAGCGACAAUCCAAACAGGAUUGGCUGAUCAAUUACCAUUUUGGGUGAGAUUUCCCUCAAAACACCCGCACACCCCCUCCUCUCCCAUGAACCUUUAGGUCAGGGGUAAGCUUUUUACAACAGCUAACUAGCUAUAGGUCAACCUACACGAUAUCUGCAUUCUGCAUUCCAUGUAUACAGAAUCACAUUACACAACUCCCGCUGUACUAAUAGGCCGUAGCUGGAAGCACAUGAACAUCAUGACCCUCCUUGUAUCUCUCUAUCAAUAUGCGGUACACGAAUGACCUCUCCUAAUGUCAUCCUUCGAAGCACAUUUACUAAACUCCCCUAGACAGCCGAGGACCCCAAACUGUCACAACCUUCAUCUCUGUGCCUAGAUACAUAUCCCCCUCCCUCAGCUUUAUUGCAAGCCUAGCUGACCCUCACAUAUCUUUAUUCAACAGCCUGAUUUCAGAAUUUUCAAGCUCCAAUACUGCUGUAAGAAAGUUUUAUGUCACUUUACCCCACUCCCGCUAGCAUGUAAGCUCAUUGAGUAGAGCCCUCAAUCUCUCUGUUCCUGUGUGUCCAACUUGACUGGUUACAACUACAUGUUUGUUCGUCCAUCCAUUGUAAAGCACUACGGAAUCUGUUGGCGCUAUAUAAAUAAUAACCUUGUAUCACUCUUCUUCAUGUUGCUCAGGAUAGUCAGUUCUGAUUAGUUCUUGAUCAUUUAAGAAAUUAGUGCUAGAAAUGUCUUGAAUUACUACUUCUGUUAUUUAUGCUUCUAUUGACUUACCAUACUGUUAACAUGCACUACAAAAAUAAAGAAUUGUAAACAAAUAAAAAUAAAUUAAUAAUUCGUAACAUUGGUGACCAAUGAUGCCCUGAGAGCGAAAUUAGAAAUAUUUACGGUCUGCCCUAAAUGUUCUUCUCAAUAUUCUCUUCUUCUGGAAAGAAUUUAAAGGGACAUUGUAAGUACCCAAAAGAACUUUAGAUCAUGUCCCUGCUGUCUCACUGCUUAUUUAUCUACCAUUCACAAGUUAAAUCACUUUUAUUCAACCCUAGCCACACCUCCCUAUAGAAUAUUAUGUUAAAUUUUUAUAUAUAUAUAUAUAUAUAUAUAUAUAUAUAUCUGCUGCUCUGUUAAUAGCCUGCCCGACCCAGCAAUGGACUCCAGUGUGUGAUUAAAGUUCCAUUUGUAGAGCAGGACAUAAAAAAAAGAUCUGAUUUAAAAUUAAACCCUUUUAUUUAUUUUAAUGAAGGCGGUUUGAGUCACAGCCAAGGAAGGUGUGGCUAGGGCUCCAUAAAUAAAAGUGAUUUAAUGUCAGAGAAUCGAACAGUGAAUUGCAGGGGCAUGAUCAAUUCACCCAAACUGCUUCAUUAAAGGGACAUUAUAAUAACCAGAACCAGUACAGCUUAAUGUAGCUGCUCUGAUGUCUAUAACAUAGUAAGACCUCUAGUGCCAGUCUCUCUCAGAUAUCUGUCGAAAGAGUUUCCUGUCUCCCUAUAGAGGUGUUAGGAAGCUCUUCUAGCGGCUGGCCUUGUCUACAUUGGCUGAGAUAAUCAAGAUUGAUGAUCUCAGCCAUGUAGGCAAGGCCAGCCAGGGAAAGUGGGGCUGGCUACCUAAAUAUUUAAUCCAGAACUAUAGUGUUCCUAAACUAAUGUUAUUUUGGUGCCUUGAUGAUUGACUGAUCCAUUCAGUGGUUUUUCAAAUGCCAACUUUACUCAAAUGAAAACAUCUAAGUAUUCAUGUAAUAAAAUAAUUUAUAGAUGAAAGUGUUUAAGCUAGUGCUGGUUUAUAUAAUGCUGAAUUGUCACUUUUUAAAUUUUUUUAUAUAUAUAUAUAUAUAUAUAUAUAUAUAUAUAUAUAUAUAUAUAUGUGUGUGUCCAUCGUGAACAGAAUUACAAGACUUUUACCCUCUAAAAUCUGUCUGUAAUUGUCCAACAAUUCUUAAUAAUCUUGUCUUUAAAUAUAGAACUCACAACUAUUUUUAAAGGUUGAAUAAGAUAUAUUUUUAAUUUGUAAUUUUCCACAUUUGGUCCUUUUUCCUAUAUUUGUAUCCAUUUUGUGGAGCCCAUAAUGUUGUCGUCCUUCACCCCACGUCACCUGAUUUUAUUUAUUUUUCUCUCUCUCUCUCUAUAUAUAUCUAUAUAUAUUUAGUCUGAAUUAAACAGAUGCCGUAUAUAUCAGCAAUAGGUCUCCCUGCAUUUGUCAGCAGAUCCCUAUAAUGAGCACAGCCUGGAACUGAACGCUAUCAGGACUUCUAAUGAGAGCCUGGUAGACGGGGAUCUUUGACGUACACAAACAGUGGCAGUGAUUUAAUCUGUCUGUGUGGGCGGAGGUUAUAAGACGAGGCCUGGGAAAAGGACUUUUUAUUUAUUUUAUCUGUUGGGUUUUUAUAUUAAACAAAAGAUAUUUCUAAGACUGUAAUGCCAGUGUACACCUAAGAUUAAACAAUCGCUACAUAAUGACUAUUCCACUGACAACACAGAUCACCUACGCCUACACUGGCAGAGGUUUAACCCCCUUCUGCUCUGCUAAGGGAUUGUAGAUCAUAUGGAUGGCCGUUUCCACUCCACCAGUUGCUGUGAAGACUGGUCAUGCUUAUUUGCAUAGAACAAUAUAUUUAACUUCUCUAAAGCCGUUCAAUGGAAGACAGAUGUGUAGUUGCUGUGUUGUGCAAUUUAGGUGGUAUCCUAUUGGUUUUGUACUAAGAUACCAUAUCCCAUAACACGGUUUUGGGCUGGUCGUACGUGCAUCUUGGCAUACAUCCAUGAGGCAAUUCUAUCCUUUAAAUGGAGCACAGAAAGGGAAAAUGCGGCUUUAGGAACUAGCUGAGUUUUACCAGAUGGCCCCAGGAGCUAUCACUGAAACUGGAUGCUUAAAUUAUAUUGCAUUGUUUACUUUAUAUUUGAGAGUUGAUCGAGUGAUGUUGCGCAGAGACACGGGUCAAUGUCUUCUGCAUAAUAGAUUUGACAAAUGUUUGGUCAGAAUUUGCAGAUGGGAAUUAAAUUUUGAGUUGAGGUUAAUGUUUAUUUUUUAUUUAACCUCAGGUUUUGCUGAUUACUAUUAACUAUAAACCUUGGGUUAAAUCACUGUUUAAUUUCUCUUUCAGAUACUCUCUAGAUAUUUUGCCAUCUAAAUAUUUCAUUUUUUUUUGUCCCCUCUCUUUCAGAUACCGUCAGCUGUCUACGAUACGACAUGUGAUUUGGACUCAAGUUUUGAAAAUCUUUUUAAGAUACUUUGGUGAUCUACUUGUCCAGUGCACAAACUGGAAUCAUCACCCACCUUCCUGCCCCAUCACUGCUUGUGUUUGAAGCUAUGGAGGUCCCAGAUGUCCCAGUAGGUAACCUGAUAGACUUGGAUGGGGAUCUAGAUGUUGUGGUACCACAGUGUCCCAUCCAACUGGAUACGGAUGGUCUCUUAGACAUAGAGGUCAAGCCCCCAGAGAAUGAGGCCGCUGAAGAGGAGAUAGAGAGUGAUGCUACAGAGUCGGCAGACAGUGAGAAUGACAUGGCCGGGUCACCCAACCGCCACUGCUGGAAUCAUUCACAGCGGUCCUCCUCGGAAUCCUUCUCUUCCAAUCAGAGCACAGAAUCUGCCCGGGAUGAGCAGAUGUCCGAGCAGCGGGAGUUUAUCAGGAGAUACGUACAGAAAAUCUUCGAAGGAGGGUGAGCCAGGGUCAGAUGGAAGGGGGUUAGUUUACCUGUGUAUGCAGUUGGAUUUUAGAGUAUUACUUUCGUUGUGUUGUCAUUGUAAGACAGGCAGGAUAGUGUGCGUCUUGAUUCAUGCUGUGUGUGUAGUAGAUGUGCAAUAUUACAGACACACAAAAUAAAUCCCUGCACUCAAACUCUCAUCACUCCUGGGCGGCAGCAAUGGCUACAAUAUUUGUCUUUUGUUGAAUUCCAGAUUUUAUAAUUGUUUUAUAAUUUUCUGUUCUUUUACUUUUUUUUGCUAGUCAAGCAUUGAAAUCUGACAAUCUUUUUUUUAUUUUUAUUAUAUAUAUAUAUAUAUAUAUAUAUAUAUAUAUGUAUGUAUGUAAGAUUUUCUUUUUUGUUUGUUUUUAUAUGUAAUGAUUUGGGGGGUUUUUCGCCUUCAUCUAUGUAAUUGUAUUCAUUGUGAUAACUACCUGAAUGAGAGUGAUAUUUUUUAUAAAAAUCUUUAAACAUUAUGUUAAAACUGAAGGCCUUCCACUUAAUUGACUCCGGCUCUGUCAUGGUUGGCUAAGCAUAGCAUCCAAAUUAUUUCCCAUGGUGCCCGGGCAGACGUAAGGGUGGUAAGGUACUCUGAGAAAUGUAGGGUACAAACCUAUGUGUGCCAGUCUUAGCCAGCACAGACUGGCUACGUUUAGGGGAUGGGUCUACAAUACCAACCAAAUACUGCCUUAAUGUUAUAAUAUUUACCGUAUUUAUAUUGCAAUAUCACAGCAAUGUAAAACCUGUAUGGCUCCCUGUAUGUAACGGUCAGUCUUUUUGUUAAUAUGAGCUUGGACACAGUGUAGUUUAAGUUUUCAUGUGACACAGUUGGUGAAUAACAAGCCCUAGAUACAAGAUUUACCCAAGGGGCUGGCAAAAUGCUUGUUCUCAGCCAAACCUUUUUGUGCCCUCAAAGCUUUAUAUUCUUGACUCGAUGCAGAAAAUCUGCAGAGCCUGCACUCCUGAUUUUAUGACCAUAUGCGUUGGCACUGAAGUUUCAAACACCGUAGGGGGACUGAAAAUCUUACUGUGAGAAGACAUGCAAAAGAAGUUAAAAGAGAGCCUCAUUUUCUAGACCAGAUUCAAUGGGAAAGUGAAAUUAUAAAAAAUGUAUAUAUUGUUUGGCACCCAGAACCGCCUUCUUUGACAACCGUAAGUAGCAGGUUCUGCCGUUUAUAAAUUGUCGUCCGUAGUUUGUUGAACCCCAGCCACAGUGUUUUGUUCUAUAGAACAGAACCACCUUCCUCUGUGUUUGGGUAAGAAUAGAACAUUAUUGCAGGAGGGUUAAAAGACAAACAUAGAAUGUGACGGCAGAUAAGAACCAUUCGGCCCAUCUAGUCUGCCCAAUUUUCUAAAUACUUUCAUUAGUCCCUAGCCUUAUCUUAUAGUUAGGAUAGCCUUAUGCCUAUCCCACGCAUGCUUAAACUCCUUUACUGUGUUAACCUCUACCACUUCAGCUGGAAGGCUAUUCCAUGCAUCCACUACCCUCUCAGUAAAGUAAUACUUCCUGAUAUUAUUUUUAAACCUUUGUCCCUCUAAUUUAAGACUAUGUCCUCUUGUUGUGGUAGUUUUUCUUCUUUUAAAUAUAGUCUCCUCCUUUACUGUGUUGGUUCCCUUUAUAUAUUUAAAUGUUUCUAUCAUAUCCCCCCUGUCUCGUCUUUCCUCCAAGCUAUACAUGUUAAGAUCCUUUAACCUUUCCUGGUAAGUUUUAUCCUGCAAUCCAUGAACCAGUUUUGUAGCCCUUCUCUGAACCCUCUCUAAGGUAUCAAUAUCCUUCUGAAGAUACGGUCUACAGUACUGUGUGCAAAACUCCAAGUGAGGUCUCACCAGUGUUCUGUACAAUGGCAUGAGCACUUCCCUCUUUCUACUGCUAAUACCUCCCCCUAUACAACCAAACAUUCUGCUAGCAUUUCCUGCUGCUCUAUUACAUUGUCUGUCUACCUUUGUCAUCAGAAAUAAUCACCCCUAAAUCCCUUUCCUCAUAUGUUGCGGUUAGGGCUCUAUCAAAUAUUCUGUACUCUGCCCUUGGGUUUUUACAUCCAAGAUGCAUUAUCUUGCACUUAUCCACAUUAAAUGUCAGUUGCCACAAUUCUGACGAUUUUUCUAGUUUACCUAAAUCAUUUGCCAUUUGGCUUAUCCCUCCUGGAACAUCAACCCUGUUACAUAUCUUAGUAUCAUCAACAAAAAGACAUACCUUACCAUCAAGACCUUCUGCAAUAUCACUAAUAAAAAUAUUAAAGAGAAUGGGUCCAAGUACAGAUCCCUGAGGUACCCCACUGGUGACAAGUCCAAGCUUCGAAUAUAUUCCAUUGACUACAACCCUCUGUUGCCUGUCACUCAGCCACUGCCUUACCCAUUCAACAAUAUUGGAAUCCAAACUUAAAGAUUGCAGUUUAUUGAUAAGCCUUCUAUGUGCAACAGUGUCAAAAGCCUUACUGAAAUCUACGUAAGCAAUGUCUACUGCACCACCCUGAUCUAUAAUAUUAAUUACCCAAUCAAAAAAAUCAAUAAGAUUAGUUUGGCAUGAAGUAAACCCAUGUUGUCUCUGAUCUUGAAAUCCAUGUGUUUUUAGAUGUUCAACAAUCCUAUACUUUAACAUGGUUUCCAUCACUUUCCCCACUACUGAAGUAAGGCUUACUGGCCUAUAGUUGCCCGACUCCUCCCUAUUACCUUUCUUGUAAAUGGGUAUAACAUUCGCUAACUUCCAAUUUUCUGGGACUACUCCUGUUAACAGUGAUUGGUUAAAUAAAUCUGUUAAUGGUUUUGCUAGUACACCACUAAGCUCUUUUAAUAGCGUUGGGUGUAUUCCAUCAGGUCCCAUUGACUUAUUUGUCUUUACUUUUAACAGUUGAAGUAGAACCUCUUCCUCUGUAAACUCACGUGUAAUAAAUGACUCCUUUAUCCCUUUUCUUUUUUUAAAAUUCUUUAUUUUUGUUGUGCACAAAUAACAAUCAGUCGUAUAUCCCUUUUCUUAACUGAGGUCCCUUUCCUUCAUUUUCAUCUGUAAAUACAGAACAAAAAUAUUCAUUGAGGCAGUCAGCUAGACCUUUAUCCUCUUCUACAUACCUUCCUUCUUUUGUUUUUAAUCGAACUAAUCCUCGUUUUACUUUUCUUUUCUCAUUUAUGUAUCUAAAAAAUGUUUUAUCCCCCUUUUUUACUGACACUGCUAUUUUCUUUUCUUUGUGUGAUUUGGAAGCUCUUAUAACUUGCUUAGCCUCUUUCUGCCUAAUCUUAUAGAUCAUUUUGUCUUCCUCACUCUGGGAUUUUUUUAUAAUUCCUAAAUGCUAACUUUUUGUUUUUAACUAUUUUGGCCGAGUAUUAUUUUUUUGUGAAUAUAAUUUUUAUUUAUAUUACUUACGUAAAGGUUGGAGACUCGCAGGUCUCUAAGGUGAGUUAUCAUAAUUUUAGAAAACAUCAAUGUAUGUUUGGGCUCGCAGGCCCACAAUGUUGACAGACUUGCAAGUCCCUAUUUUCCAGUUUCACAAGUAACUUCAUGUACAUUUUACCAUCUGCCAUUUGUUUUACUAAUUGAACCGUGUUUAUGUGGUUUAUAUAUUUCUUGUACAGCAGCUGUGAUUCGUGUUAUGUUUGUGUUGAGGCUCGCAGACCUCUUAUCCAACCUUUAUUGUUAGGCGACAUUCAGGUCCCUUCGUCUUGGGUUGGGUAUUGUGUCCUAGGCGGACUCGUGCGACUCUCCACUUAGUGUCCUGGAUGUCAUGUGUAUGGGAUAUGGUGUAUCUGUGUUGAGAGGUUUAUGGCUCACAUUUCGGGAGGGUGUGAUUGUAGCUUGUUGCUGUUCUCAGGCUAUUUUGUGAUUGUCACGUCUGCUCGGCAUGUGUUCCAGUAGGAUUGUGUCUCUUGUGGGUUAUGGGAUGGGUGUGAACCCGUAUGGAUUUUUCAUUCAGGGCACUAGUGUCUCCUCUAUAGGUAUUAAUUUCUGCUUGGGUUGGGGUUAUUGUCCCGUGUGGGUCUUUAGAAGAGUGGGGGUGGGGAAAGUCGGGGUUAGGGUGGGGAGAGGGGUGUUUGUAGUCAUUGUCUUCCGUCAUCUGUCGUCCAGUGGGUGUUCUAAGUCCUAACUGUCUGUGAUUUGGCGUUCGUCUGAUCCGAGUUCCAUUUGGAAUCCUUCCUUCGCUGUCUCUAGGAUCCAAUAUGUCCAAAUAUCCAUGUAGGUCUUUGGGGUCGCGUUAGUCGUCAUGGUCAGUUCCUCUGUUAUCCUGAGUUCCUCCAUUUGGCUGAACCAGGUCUUAAGUGGAGGUGUUAUGUUCUGCUUCCAAAAUUGGGGGAUUACUCGCUUGGCUAUAUUAAGUAUUCGGAUGGUCAUGGAUCGUUUGUAUUUAGAGUGUGGAGUAGGAGUGAGGUGUAGGAGCAUUGCUGCCGGUUCCAGGGGGGGUGGCUCGUCUGUGAAUUUCUCGAGCAUUCUGUGUAUGUUUUGCCAAUAUGGUUUAAUAUUUGUGCAGUCCCACCAGAUGUUUUAUGUCUCCCUCUUCUUGUUGGCAUCUCCAGCAUAGGCCAGAUUGAUUUGGGUAUAUCUGACGGAGGAGGUGUGGUGUCCUAUACCAGUGCGUUAGUAAUUUGUAGGCUGUCUCUUGUGUUUUACUGUGUGUGGAGCAGUGGUGUGUGAGGUAGCAAAUGGAUUCCCAUUCUGUGUCUGUCAAUGUGUAUCCUAGGGCAUUCUCCCACUUCCCCAUAAAUAAGGGUGUCUCGGUUGGGAUGUCCGUUUGUAACAUGGUGUAUAGGAAGGACACUCCGUGUGGGAGCGGGUCUGGGUGCAUGCAGACCACCUCUAAUGUGGUGUGUUCUCUAGUGAGUGCUGAUCCCUGUGGUAGAGUUUGGAUGUAGUUGGUUAGUUGGGAAUAUCUAAAGUUGUGCAUAAAGGUCGGGGGUACCUCUCCCAUCAUGUCUGGUAACUUUUUGCAUUUCCCUUCCUGUAGGACGUGAUGUAAGCAUGGGUGAGUGUCUGGAAGGAUGUCUCUGAGGGCUCUUGGGUCUAGUCCCGGGGGGAAGUCUUUGUUAUACGUCAAUGGAAGGAGGGGAGAGGGGUAUGGCGAUAUGUUCCCCUUCACCGCUACCCUCCUCCAUAUUUUCAGGGUGUGUUUGGUGUAGAUGGACAUUUCGUCCCUGUUCGUCGCGUUUCGGUCCCAGGGCAGUCCCGAGAGUGGUCUACCCGCCUCUGUCUCCUCCACCGUCUUCCAUAGUUUGUGUACCCUGUCUUUUGACCACUCUACAAUUCUCUGUAGGUGUGUGGCCACAUAGUAUAAGUGGAAGUCUGGGAGGGCUAAGCCUCCUUUGUCCUUAGGCCGCGUCAGGGUAGUGAAUUUCUGUUCUGAGGGUUUUAAAAUGGGGGCUCGGGAGCUCGAUGGGAAUGGUUUGGAGGAGAUAGAGGAGGCGUGGUAGGAAGUUCAUUUUUAUUACUUGUACUCUCCCCAACCAGGAGAUGUGUGGAUAUGACCAUUCCCGCAUGUCUUUUUGGAACGUCUGAAGUGUGUCUGUAAAAUUUUCCUUAAGUAUGUCUCCGCUCUGCCUAGUCAACCAGACUCCCAAGUAUCUAAUCUUGUGCUCGGCCCACUGGAAGGGGAAGCUGUGUCGGAGGGGGUUCGCCCUUGCAGUAGGGAUGCUAACAUUGAGAAUGAAUGAUUUACUAUUAUUGAUUUUCAGAUUGGAUAUUUCCCCAUAUAUCUGUAGGUCUUUCUGGAUAUUCGGGAGGGAGAUUUCAGGGUUGGUUAUUAUAAAGCGUAGAUCAUCCGCGUAAGCGGCCACUUUGUGGUGUGUGUUACCUGUCGUUAGGCCGGUUAUGUCAGUGUUAUUUCGGAUGUGUGUAAGGAACGGUUCUAGGGCAAGGACGAACAGGAGUGGCGAGAGAGGGCAUCCCUGUCUCGUGCCAUUGUGUAUUUGGAAUGCGUCUGUCAGUGCCCCAUUUACCAGCACUUGGGCCGUUGGUUCUCGGUAUAGUGCCUCUAUCCAUUGUCGCAUGUGUGGUCCUAAUCCUACGUGGGCCAGUGUUUCGAAGAGGUAUGUCCAGCAUACUCUGUCGAAGGCCUUCUCUGCGUCCGUUGACAGCAGGAGAAGACCCCCUUUCAUACUCUCUUUCCCGUGCAUGAGGGUGAGCGCCCUGAUGGUGUUAUCUCGAGCUUCUCUUCCUGUCAUGAACCCUACCUGGUCUGGGUGGACCAGUGAAGGGAUGUGUUUUGUAAGUCGGGUUGCCAGAAUUUUGGCCAGUAAUUUAAUGUCGCAAUUUAGAAGUGAGAUCGGCCUGUAAUUUCCGCAUUGUUCCCUAUCUUUCCGAGUAUUAUUUUGACAAGUACUGGGACUUCUUUAUCCGAGAUUGUCUUGUGUAUCGGAUUCUGUUAUCUCCCCAUUUAUUGUACAAGUACUGCUAAUGGCAUAAUUACAUACUGAGUACAAUUCAAUUCUGAAACUGUACUUGUUCCAAAACAUACCACUGCCCCUUUAGAGAUAUUUCCAAAGGAUACAUGUAGCAAAGGUUAGAAAUCUGAGUGUUUUAGAUGAGUAGUUACCAAAACUUUUUUAUUAGCACGUGCCUAUUCCUUUGAAACAGAACUUCCAUAAACCCUGGACCUUUGGUUCUGUAUCGUUGCAAUGUUAAUAUUGUACAUUUUAAACUCACAGGCUACACCACUAAGAGUUUUGUUUAAAAGUGUUGUAAAUGCAGAGUUUCUGUUCACGGACAGUGUACGCUCUGCCUUUUUGUAUAAUGUGAGUACUGUAUAUCUGUAUCUCCUCCCACUCCAGUUCUACACUGCUAUGGGUUGUGUUGGUGCAGCUUGAUAAAUAAUAGUAUUUAUUAAACUUUUGUAAGGUGCUCUGGGUAAGAGUACUAUAUAAGUACCGUUCAAUAAAAAUGAAAUUAGGCAUGGAUUUUAUCAAUAGCAGACAAAUGUAAUAAGGCACCAAGGGAAGCCAUCCUGAACAAGGUACCUCCUUUAAUUUAGAAUUGUGUAUAUAUUCGAGAUGAGGGAUAUUUUUCAAAAGCCAAAAUAAAGAAAAUUCCAGCAAGAUCAGAAAGUUACAUGUCUCCCAAAGAUGAUUUGUGUUCUUAAAACCCAAUCGUUCCAUCCAGCCAUCCGAAACUAACCACUUCAAACGCAGCAGAAUCAUGCUCCAGGGAAAGGGGGAGAGGGGUGUGCUCUGCAGUGUGAACCUCAGCCAGAUAGAGAAAUGCAGGGACUGAUUAUUCCAUUAGUACAAACCAGAAAAAAAUCAUUUUUUUUCCCCAGCGAUAAACUCGACCUGUGGGCAUUCUGUUUGCUCUGAAUUAUUGAUGAGAAGAACAAAUCUGGGACUUGUGACAAGAACAAACAAAUUAUUUAAAUGCAUCUAAAUUGUUUCUAUAACAAUAUGUGAUGAUGUUUCAGAAUGAACCUUUCUUUAACUGGUACCCAAGUCUAGGGUUUUUUGUAUAAUUAUAGGGGGUAAAAGGGUGAUUCCAAGAGUCGCAAAGAACGAAUCAGUGGUCCUGUCCGUUCACUGUUCCUGCUAUUAGCAAUAUUUUUACUUCUAAAAGGACAUCGUUUGGUAAAGGCAUUACAAUAAAUAGAUAAACCAGUCUAAAAAGGAAGAGAGAGUAGUUCUGUGGGGUUUAAAGCCCCCCACACGUAACACAAAUGUUUACAAUGAAAUGUCUUUGCUGAAAAUGUUAUUGAGGUGUACACACUAAUUUACUCCAAAAUAAAAAAUGUGAAGUUUGUCAGAACCUUGAAAAAGUUAGCAUUUUGCAGUGUAGGGAGUACUAGUUACAUAUGGGCUGUGUUAAAUGCAGAUCUGCUGGUUUUUAAAUAUACAGUUGCAAGAAAAAGUAUAUGAACACUUUGGAAUGAUAUGGAUUUCUGCACAAAUUGGUCAUAAAAUGUGAUCUGAUCAUCAUGUAAGUCACAACAAUAGACAAUCACAGUCUGCUUAAACUAAUAACACACAAAGAAUGAAAUGUUGCCAUGUUUUUAUUGAACACACCAUGUAAACAUUCACAGUGCAGGUGGAAAAAGUAUGUGAACCCUUGGAGUUAAUAACUGGUUGAACCUCCUUUGGCAGCAAUAACUUCAACCAAACGUUUCCUGUAGUUGCAGAUCAGACGUGCACAACGGUCAGGAGUAAUUCUUGACCAUUCCUCUUUACAGAAUUGUUUCAGUUCAGCGAUAUUCUUGGGAUGUUUGGUGUGAAUCUCUUUCUUGAGGUCAUGCCACAGCAUCUCAAUCGGGUUGAGGUCAGGACUCUGACUGGGCCACUUCAGAAGGUGUAUUUUCUUCUGUUUAAGCCAUUCUGUUGUUGAUUUACUUCUAUGCUUUGGGUCAUGGUCCUGUUGCAACACCCAUCUUCUGUUGAGCUUCAGCUGGUAGACAGAUGGCCUUAAGUUCUCCUGCAAAAUGUCUUGAUAAACUUGGGAAUUCAUUUUUCCUUCGAUGAUAGCAAUCCGUCCAGGCCCUGACGCAGCAAAGCAGCCCCAAACCAUGAUGCCCCCACCACCAUACUUCACAGUUGGGAUGAGGUUUUGAUGUUGGUGUGCUGUGCCUUUUUUUCGCCACACAUAGUGUUGUGUGUUUCUUCCAAACAACUCAACUUUGGUUUCAUCUGUCCACAGAAUAUUUUGACAGUACUGCUGUGGAACAUCCAGGUGCUCUUGUGCAAACUGUAAACGUGCAGCAAUGUUUUGUUUGGACAGCAGUGGCUUCCUCUGUGGUAUCCUCCCAUGAAAUCCAUUCUUGUUUAGUGUUUUACGUAUUGUAGAUUUGCUAACAGGGAUGUUAGCAUUUGCCAGUGACUUUUGUAAGUCUUUAGCUGACACUCUAGGAUUCUUCUUCGCCUCAUUGAGCAGUCUGCGCUGUGCUCUUGCAGUCAUCUUUACAGGACGGUCACUCCUAGGGAGAGUAGCAGCAGUGCUGAGCUUUCUCCAUUUAUAGACCAUUUGUCUUACCGUGGACUGAUGAACAGCAAGGCUUUUGGAGAUACUUUUGUAACCCUUUCCAGCUUUAUGCAAGUCAACAAUUCUUAAUCGUAGGUCUUCUGAGAGCUCUUUUGUGCGAGGCAUCAUUCACAUCAGGCAAUUCUUCUUGUGAAAAGCAAACCCAGAACUGGUGUGUGUUUUUUAUAGGGCAGGGCAGCUGUAACCAACACCUCCAAUCUCAUCUCAUUGAUUGGACUUCAGUUGGCUGACAUCUCACUCCAAUUAGCUCUUGGGGAUGUCAUUAGUCUAGGGGUUCACAUACUUUUCCCACCUGCACUGUGAAUGUUUACAUGGUAUGUUCAAUACAAACAUGGCAACAUUUCAUUCAUUGUGUGUUAUUAGUUUAAGCAGACUGUGAUUGUCUAUUGUUGUGACUUAGAUGAUGAUCAGAUCACAUUUUAUGACCAAUUUGUGCAGAAAUCCAUAUCAUUCCAAAGGGUUCACAUACUUUUUCUUGCAACUGUAUCUUUCAUUUAUCAUGCAACAUAAUCCUGAAACCUAUUGUCCCUGUAUGGGUAUUUGUUAAAUCAAAAUGUUACAAAACUUUCGAAAGUUUACUUAUGUGAGAUGGCUGAAUACAAAUCCAAAAAGAUGUUCUGGGUCAUGUUUUAAAAAAUUAAUAAUCAUAAUUAAUUUAGGAGUUAUGAUUUAUAAAAUAUUUUUUUAUUUUAUUUAUUUUUUGUAGGGAAGAUAUAGACCAGGAGGAUAAAGCCAGGUUUGGCGAGCUUUGCAGUACGGAAAAUGGAAAGGGCAGAGAAUGGUUUGCACGAUUUGUCAGUGCUCAGGUGAGCACAUUUUUAUUGUAUAUUAUGACAAAUUAAACCUUACCUGUUUUGUUUUAAUUAACGAACACUCCCCUGUUACAUCUUUAAAAUCAAUCCGUAAUGUCUUUACAUUUUGCAUUAUGAGUGUUUGGUUUGUAUUUAUUUUUUAGCUUUUUUUUGAAUCACUAUUGUGUAUUUUGUGCAUCUUGAUUGAUGGUUGAGGUUCCGCCUGCAGUCGAUUUACCUGUAGUGUAGUAAAUGAGGACUGUAGAUAAAUGCACAUUUUCAUUGAGCCUUGGACAGCUUUCACUAUAUACACGUCAUCUAGCAUAAGUUGAUUUAAUAUCCAUAGAUUACAUUAUUUUAUUAAUUCAUCUUGAUCAGACCUUUUUUUGGCCAGCUGUUUUCUAGCUACUUGUGAGAACACUCAGUGGAAAUUGUAACUUUCAAUACAUUUGCUAUCAGGUUAUCGCCAUGUGUAGGUCAAAGUCUCACUCAGAUUCACUCUUACAUUCCAGAUCAGUUUAUUUUUUCAUAACUAUUCCAUGUAAUCACUUUAUAAAUCUACCUCAGGACCUAAUUGCAUGUCCAAUUUUAUCCAACAUGCCCAACACACGUUUUACAUCCUCUAUUACGGUGCAGGGUCUUUUUUUCUUAAUGUCUGUGUGUCAGGUUUGUUCUUUGUAAUAUAUAUUGUUUUACGCCCACAGUCACUGUUCCUUUUUUUUUUUUUUUUCAGCGUUGCAACUCCAAAUGUGUCUCGGAGCAGACUUUCUACCGGCUGGUCCAGUCCUUUGCUGUAGUGCUUUUUGAGUAAGUUUCUGCCCUACAUUUGUGGGGUAAUUUCUGGUGAGAAGCCAGUCAUCCUGAGUAUUCAUUUUCUUUUUUUUUGUCAUGCUACAAUUAGGUGCCACCAGAUGGAUGAUUUUGGUCCGGCCAAGAAUCUGAUGACUAUGUGCUUCACAUAUUACUAUGUUGGUGAGCACCGUUUGUGGGGCUUAAGGGUGAUGGAGAUGUGAGUGUCUGUUUCCUAUUUCUCUGGAUCUAUUUUCACAUGUAACAAACCAGCUAUGUAUCCUCACAGGAAAACCUCAUGUCGCGCCCACUGAGUCCAGAGAGAAGCCAGUGAGUACCGGCAGUAUUGAUGCAUAUCUGAAAUCUGCGAACAGUUGGCUAGCAGAGAAAAAGGACAAUGUUGGACGACUCCUGAGGAACUCCUCAACCACCACCGAAAACGUAAAAGUCUUCUUAGGUGGUCUGGAGAGCAAAUUGAAGGGUCCCCUCUCUAAGAGGGAGUAAGUAUGGCAGGGUCAAGCAUGGUGCUACGUUUACUAAAUAUUGUGUUUUUUUUACCUUCGACUGACUCACAUGGAUUAGAGUAAAACUAGUGGGCCAUAUUGGAAUAUUGAGGGAACCACGUAAAGCUGGGAAUGUUGGGGGAAUAUAGAGAAGCUAGGAUGGUUUGAAGGAUAUAGAGAAGUCCGGAAUGUUGGAGCAUAGAGGUACUGGCUGGCAUGGAUGGUUUGUGGUACUAAUAGUGACGUAGAGACACUGAAAAUGUUGGAAGGACUCAAAACCUGGUAAAAUAAGUGGAGAUUGGGGUAACUAUUUGAGGGAAAUGUUAGAGAAUCUGAAAAUUAGAUUAGGGUAUCCCAGCUGUCCCAGAACAGUAAUAUUUUUUUUAUUUUAGUAUUUUUAUCAUUACCAUUUCAUUUCCAUACAUGUAUUGGUUAAAUGAUUGAGAAACAUUUUGUUGUUUGGAUUUUAAUUUUCUUUGCUAGAUAUAAUUACUGUGAGUCAUUUCUUUCAGCCGACCUUGAAAACUGUGUACUUUGAUAUACAUCGUGUGUAAUCAGAUAUCUUUGUUGUGUACCUUGUCAAGCAUCAUAUUCUUGGUUCUUUCACUUUAUUAACUCAGCCCAAGAAGGUCAUGGUUCUACAUCGGCCAUUUAUUAAUAUGUUUACCUCUCUCUAAUUUGUUUUAGAAGUGAAGACCAGCCAAAGGAGAAGCCAUCCGAUAACUGUAAGUAGAUUGAUAUUUGUGUUUAUGUUGCAUUUUGUUUUUAAUCUUCUUUAUAUUUCAGAAUAUGUAGAUAUGCGUGUGUAUUUUUUUUAUUUUUAUUAUUUUUAAUAUCUAUAUAUAAUUGUUUUCUUUACCCCCAGUUUCUGCACAGUGUCCAGACGAAAAGAAGGGAGAGAAGAUUUAUCUUUAUACACAUCUAAAGCAACAGCCGAUCUGGUAAGAACGGAGAAUUAGCUCCUCUACGAAGCCCGGAUCUCUGAAUUGCUCAGUAACGUUUAUAGGGUUAUUUCACUAAAGGGAGAAUUCAAAAUUCAAGGUAGAAAUAGCCGCACCGGAAACAUUUUCUGUCCGCUAUGCCUCUAGUUCGGUUAUUUUGGCGUUAAAUUAAAAAUUUACUUUGUGAAUAACCCGAUCAGUGUGUAUAAUGUAUCCAUUAUCAGUCUCUUCCCAGAACAAGCAGUGCAUAUGUUGACACAGAACCCGAUUAUAGAAUUAAACUGACUGCUGACUUCUCUCUGUAGUGAUAUGGAGAGAGAUUCUCCUGACCGUGCCACUUUAAGGUCAAAAAGAAAAGAUUAACACAGCUAAUAUUAAAAUUGGAGAUGUUCUUUGAACUCGUUUUCCUGUUACGCUUAAUCAGCCAAUUGGUAGUAUCAAAUGACUAAUUAUUGUUUUAGUUUUGGAGGGAGGAUGGUAAGCGAAAGAGUGGCGAUAUUGUCGUAUUCUUGGUACAGACGAUUAAACUGACGCUGACCUCUGUUUCAGGCACACAUUGCGGUUCUGGAACGCAGCAUUCUUUGACGCAGUUCACUGCGAGAGGAGGAAGAGGUCUCCCACUACAAGGUAAGGGGGGAAAUCUUGGCUAAACACCUGCUUAACCACGUCCAGUGUUGUAGAAUUGGCGAGAGAAAAGGCAAAUACAAACUUACACCAUGUGAGUUAUUUACAAUACUUCUGUAUGGAGCCUUAAAAGUGUGAAUGUGCAUAAAAAUAUAUUGCGUUAAGUCUGUGGUAAUAAUAACAACCUCACACUGAGACAGGAAUGACGUCUCAGAUCUCCUCCAUUACAGGAAGUGACAUCACUGCCUCAUGGUGGUUUCUGCACAUGUAUGGCAGAUGGAACAUGGCUGGUCAUGAUGUCACUUCCUGUUAGGGAAAAGGGAUGUCCAUAGUCCUGUCUGAUUGUCACCAACAAAGUUCGAAUUUCCACAUAUUUUGAAAUACAGCCCAAAAUCCCACCUUUAACGCUCACAUGCGAUCGUAUCUGUAAAUGGCCGAACGCAGAACCGUUCGGUGCAGAUUACUGGAAAUGUUUGGGAUUGUUAUCUUAGAUGUUCCCUGUGAGCACUUAGAAUCCCUAGAACACUCCUUAAGUGGCAUUGAGUAAAGAUUUUUGCUUAUACAAUCUUCUCACCAAUAUGGCGGCUUAUAAUAUUAAUAUUUAUCAUUGGGGCAACAAACCGUUCAUACAAAAGUAUCAAAAUGUUUGCCAAAAUAGCAGGGUGGGUCAAAAAAGUAAAUCUUUCAAUUUUGGCUAGCUUGGAUUAAAUCUUACAAUGAUGUCAUCACGGUAACUGGAUUUAGUGACGAGAGACUGUAGUUAUCCUAUAUUUGUCUUUCAAUGUUAAUCGUUAUAUCUAAUUCCACUGUUAAAUUUAUUAGAAAAUAGUUUUAUUAAAAUGUCUGUAAAGUGUUUUUUUUUAUCUUUGAAAGUUAGCCUAACUGGUUGGUCAUGCACACAUCUUGCCUACAAUAUCCUAUGGUGUUUUUUCAGCUUCCAUAUGAGUGACCUCAUUUCUUGGAGUUAAAUAUGACUGAUCCACCGUUUUACCUUUUGUAUUGUUGGGUAAUCUUGAAUUGCAGAAGUUUGUGGACCAUAUUUCCCAUGCUGCUUUGCCAGCCUUCAUAUGGAGAGAUCAUCCAGGGAUUUGUAGUUCAUAAACAUAUGGGCUGGCAAGGUUACCCAGCAUUUACAUAGAUAAUCAUUAUCAGGUGCAUCCAUUAUCCCCACGCAGAUGUAAUGAAACAAUUAGUUUUGUGUAAAUAAAAAUCUCCUGCGUGUUUGGAGAACACAUUUUAUCAUUUCUGUAGUUGGCGGUCUCUCUGCCACCCCCAGAAAAACAUAGAGACAGACUGUCAUUGCCCAUUGCUGCUUCAAACAUUCAAUAAUAUUCCAUCUCAUCUCAUUACCAAAGACGACCUUUUUUUCAGCAUCACAAAAUGGAUAAUCAGACUUUAAUCAGUUCUAUAAACCAGGCUUCAUAAACAUGUUGACAUUCUCGUUCUAAUUAUGCCUCUCAUCAUCCUCUGAGACUGCUUAUUGUCUCUCUGCCAUGUGGUUUAUUACCUGAUUUCCCAGCAACAGCUGAAUUUUUGGUGGGGAGAAAAAAAAAAAGAUGGUCUACGCAAGAACAUUUGCAUCUGCUCAUAAUGUGUAAUCAGCAUGAAAGAUGUAUAGACUUUAUUAACCAGAGGGGCUGUAAAGGAAUCUGUAUACUCUAUAGGGAAAACCUGGAUUCAAUGUAGCCAAUUAUUCACAGUCAUUGCAAUGAUUUAUCCACAGUGUGUGCGUCCUGCUGAAAUUCUAAGUCUUACAAUGUCCUAUUGGUGGUAGAGAUGUCAGCUGGGAUCAUUUUCUGUCUUGUGUUCCGCUUGUAUAUAGAGAUGUUUAAAACAAAAAAGCAGGUCUGCCAUUGGUGGAUCAUGACUGCCAACCAAAGACGGGUCAUGCUGUUGUAAUCCACCAACAGACUGUUAUUGGUCCAAACGGUCUUCUUUGCCAAUGAUGUCAUUCUUAAUUUCUUCCCACGUGAAAACUCUGCCAUCUAACCUUUUAACCUUUCCUAACCCUAUUUUUGCUGCCGCGCCAGAGGGAAUGCUGGGGAGGAAGAGGAGGAGAGGUUGGUUUUCCUGUGUUACUUAGUUGUGUUACCAGCCCUAGUCUGUGCACUGUACAGGUCCCACGACAGAAAGCCAUAGUGCAACGUGUUUGUCUUCUGCACCAUUGCUGUGUCUUGGGUGUGUUGGUGUCCUACAUCUAUCUCAAUGACCCCUGAAAGUAUUCUGAGUAUUGCCCUAAAACCCGUUCCUUAAUAUGAAAGCAGCUACGAUGCCAGCCAGCUACCCUUUGUACAUGUGAAGCGUAACGAUUGUAAUGUUCUAAUGAUUAAAAUGUGCUGUGUAUGCAAUGAUUGACGUCAAUUUACUAACUUAUCUCCAUCUCUGUAAUUAGAAGAAAAAAAAAAUUUAAAUUAAAGAACCAUAUCUUUUUAUUUUUUAUUUUUUUUUAAACAAAAUCAUUUUUACAUUUGGAUGGCAGUGAUAGACAGUGAGCGUAGGGCGUGACAUAGUCCAGUACUUGUAGUCCAAUUUAGAAAUCCAGAUUUGUACAGAAACGAGAAUCCUCCAUAUUUGGGUGUCUGCAGAGCAUCUCAUCAUUGCGAAACAGGCUGACUGAGCAUCUCUGCUAAAUGGUGAAUAAACUGUUUAAGACCAAUGUGGGACCCAGUGUACCUAUCUAGGUACCAUGACAACUUCAAUCAGUUGAGGUGGUUGUGGUGCGUUCAGUGUGUGUGUGUGUGUGGUGAAAGAGCUCUAAUAAUAUAUACCCUAUAUAGAGUAUAGAAUAAUCUUACGGAUCCAAUAAGCAGUUUGCAGAACCAUGUACUGAUUUUAUUAUUCGGUUUGCGCCACCAUCCACGCUUUGAAUAUUGGAUACUAUAAUUUGAUUUGAAUUUAUUUUGAUAAUUUUUUUUUGGCAGUUAGAGUUAAUCUGGUCCUUACAGCUGCGAUGAGUUCAGAACAUCCCUUUCUCCAUAUUCAGGUUACUGAAAAGAUAAAUGCAGCUUUCAGAGCUAACUUUCAACUCCCUGCCCCCUCCUUACUUACACAAAACCGCAGCACCCUUCAAUGGAUAGGAGUUUGACACAUCAUUAUUUUGCAGCUGCGGAGGGAGUGCGCAAAGCUUAUGACAAGAUGAAAACUUCCAAAAACCGCUAAUCACUACCUUAGAUCCGCAGCAGCUCAGUAAUUACUGAACAAAAGAUCAGUAAGAAAUGUGCCCUUUCCCCCCAUUUCUUUAUAAAUCUUUUCUUUGUUAUCAUGGAGAAAUUGAUGUUGGUACGAUUUAAAGCUAGCACCGCAGACUUUACGAAUUCAGUGCCAUAUUUGGUGGUGCGUUUGUUGUAGUAGACUGAUGUAAUCCGUAUAAUGUUAUCAUUAAAUUAGAAAACGUCUCAUCCAGGGAGCAACCCAAUUAGUUUUAUUAAUUUAUGGCAAAUAAAUAUUUGUAGAUUUUAGGGUCCCAGCAGAAUUUUCAAUAGCCAAUCAGAAUAAAAAAAAACAAACAAAAAAAAACAUAAGAGGUAUACGCAUGGACUGCACGCUAUACUGGCUGAAUUAACAUGUAGAAGCCAGGUUCUGGAUUAUAUACACUUUAGCACACCGAUUAUAACUGCUAUAUAGCUGCUGGGAGAAUGUGCAACAUGUCCCAGAUUAUGAGAUAUACCAUCUUUCUCAGGAUCAGCUCCUGCAGAUCAUUGCCUUGUACGCAUUUAGUCGUCGCAAUAUGAUUGACUGCCCAGUUUGCUAUUGAAAGUCAAGAGGAGAAUUGGCAAGCAUCAAAUAGAGGUUGAUAACUUAAGGCUACAAGAGCAGGCUGUGCGACACGUCACAUAAAUUUAAAUUAUACAAGGCUGUGUAAGGAUCAGCUCAGUGAAUCCUUGAGGUAUUGCAAUUGUCCUAAUUUCAGAAAACCCCAAAAUUCUAAAUAAUGCUGUACGACAAAUGGGAUCUGAGCACUGCUAAUUGGCACAAUCCGUUUCAUUAAAUAAGACUCCCUCCCAGCAUGAUGAGUGCUGCCAACUGUUGUAUUAUUCAAAGAUUUGCACUCAUAAUUAGAGAGACCGUAAUGGCACAAAGCUAUUUUAUUUAAAAACAAAAAAAGCUUUGAACACAAAAUUGUUCAAAGACUUGAUGCAGAAUGGACGCACUUUACUAUCAACUUAUAACUACAUUUAGCAGUGUAUUUCCAUAUACUGCCCUCCUCUCUAGUACAUUGUGAUACUGCAGCCCACUUCAGGUUUUUAAAACCCCUGUGAGGUCUGAAGAUCUUCAAUGUAAUCUGUGUGACAGCCUGCCUGCCUUCAUUACAUUUCAAACAGCAGUUGGCCUGUUUGGAAAUUUUAGAGAUCUUCAGUUGAGGUUUUCCUGGAAUACGAUUUACAACAAGUUGUAAAUACGUUACUAUCCCUUUAGACUUAUUGAAAUAAACAAAUUUUUUUUUUAUUAUUAUACAAGAUUAAUAUUUAAGCUGUUAAUAAUAAUGGCAGCGACAUGUCGAAGAGUAAACUCAGAAGGAGAUUAUAUCGGACCUAUAAUUAGAUUUAGUAAAUGUAGUUAUUUAACAGCACAGAAUCUAUUGCUUUUUAACAUCUCGUCCUCCUGCCAAAGGUUAAAGGAAAUAGAGUAGACACUAAUAUUCACUGGUGUUUAAGAGCAAGGAAAUAUAUCCACAGUUUGUGUGAUUGUAGAAUGAAAAUAAAAUCCUUCCCACAGAUCAUUUAUUGUGUUUGUAUUCACCUGGCUGGUUUUUACUAGUAGCCAAGAGGUAGAGAAUGUACUUUAACGGUACGCACAGACCCAGACUUGUACACACCUGUUCUUUUUGGAAUAUAUAAACCCUACAUCGUUACAAUUAAUCUCCUUUCUGUUCCAACAGAGAUAAAUGGAAUCACAUGACACAAGAAGAACGAGACGACAGUCUUCAGUUCAAUGAGAACAUUACAUUUGGACAGCUGGGGUAAGCUGUGGUACUGACCACAGAAUACAUGUGGCUUUUUGUAUGUGGUCAAAUACAUUUAAAUCAUGUUAGACACAAUAUAAUAACACAAUUAGCUAAUCCAAUAAGCGAGAAAUGGCUUAAAAGCUUUGCAGUCUCCAGCCCAAACCCACUGGAGGGACUCACUGAUCCAGCAGCCUAAGGCUGCAGAGUUGUAAAGUUUUAACGAUAUGAUUUUGGUUACCUAUUUUUGCCAUAUGUUUUUGUUUAUUACUGUAGAAUCACUCGUACGAGGAUACAAUCUUUGGCCUGGGUCACCUAGGAAGAGACCAGGCUCACUAUAACACAACCAAGCACUCACGAAGCAGUGCCAUCUAUUGCCCUAGUCCAGUUUCAUACAGCCACACAUAACCAGUCACUGAAUCGCAAACACCCACCCCUUCUCCCCCCCCACCACCCCUUUGGUUAGGGGCGACACCUCCACCAAGAGUUCAGCCAUGCACGAAGGUAGUCCACUCCCCCACCCCCCCAAUCAGGAGGGCAGCACUCACACUAACGACACCCAAGUGCAGAAAUCGCUUGAUCUAACUCAAGACCUGUACAUGUUCCCAAGCUUGCUCACACAUGAGCGAAUACAAUCUACUCGUAAACACCUACAUUGCCCUAGGAACAUGCACCUCUUGUAUCACCCUCCCUGGGCUUGAACAGACAUCACCAGUAUACCAGAAGCCCCCUAGGGAUCCACUCAUGAUAUACUUAAACAAAAAAUGUGCAUAAUCACAAUCACUGUAUAUGUGUAAUAUGUACAAUAUCACUCUGUUUAAAGUGACAGAUAUGUAUCUGUGUAAUGCAAUGCACAACAAAAAAAAUAUAAAAAAAUUAAAAAAGCUUUGCAAUCUUAUUGUUUUAACGUUAUAAUAAAAAUAUGUUUACUAUACUGCAAUGUCUAUUACACCAUUCUUGCACUAGCUGGUCUUAAACUUUAGUAUAUGCAAUGUGUUUUGGUGGGUUUUAGUGAUGGCUUUUGGGGGGGCCUUACCGGGUUGUGCAUGUUGGGAUUUCUGUGCGGUGAGGCCACCGGCACUCCGUGUCACUGGUAUCAUCUACUUGAUAAACCUCAUUUGAGACCCAUGAAGAUAUUUAUAUAGUUUGUCUAACCAAAUGCAAUACCGGUCCUUGGUGGACCACCGUAAAGUAGUAUCGUUUAACUUUUGUCGCCUUGCCCUUCUACUGCAUUCUAGCUUAGAGUGUCUGUCUUGUCUUGGGUUCUUUGUAGAACAUUCACACACAACAUGGUGGCUUUUGGGCUCAACAAGAAAUUGUGUUAUGACUUUCUGAAGAAACAAGCUGUGAUUGGGAGCCUGGAUGAAGGUGAGAAGUUGUCUUCUUGUUUAUGGUUAACGUUCUGACUUGUCCCAUAAUUCCAUGUUUCUCCACAAUGAAAGAAAUAUUCGCACAUUGAGUGACAGAAUCUGGACCGAACCCAUUGAGGAGACUAACUGUUUCUGUUUUCUUGUUUCUGAUUAUGACAAACGUGUAAGACGUUGAUUCUCCAGGUUUCAUUUCUUUUCUGUUGCAUUUAUUCUCCAUGUAUUCUUUGUUUUUCCUACAGAGAAAUUCAAGGAGCUCACGGACCACAUUGAUCAAAUGGCGGUUGAAUAG